GCAGCCCUGUUUUUAAACGGAGCCCAGAUAUCACAAAAUCUCCUCUAACAAAAUCAGAACAGCUUCUCAGAAUAGAUGACCAUGACUUCACCAUGAGACCAGGCUUUGGAGGUAUGGAAAAUGUUAACAACUCUGAGUUUAUUACAAUAACGUAUCAUUCCAUUAAACAUUGUCUGCUGACUAAGGACAAAUUCCAUUAUUUAUCUGUACCCUUGUUUCUCACUGUACUAAGUUUUUUUUUAUUAUUAUUAUUUUAUUGUACCGAGUUCUUUAGUAAUGUUUUAGCAUUUCCUCUACUACUAUGAUAUUACAUCCCUUAAAGGGACACUAUAGUCACAUGAACCACUUUAGCUUGAUGAAGCAGUUUUGGUGUAUUGAACAUGCCCCUGCAGCCUCACUGCUCAAUCCUCUGCCAUUUAGGAGUUAAAUCCCUUUGUUUAUGAACCCUAGUCACACCUCCCUGCAUGUGACUUGCACAGCCUUCCAUAAACACUUCCUGUAAAGAGAGCCCUAUUUAGGCUUUCUUUAUUGCAAGUUCUGUUUAAUUAAGAUUUUCAAGGGAGGAGUGGCUAGGGCUGCAUAAACAGACACAAAGUGAUUUAACUCCUAAAUGACAGUGAAUUGAGCAGUGAAAUUGCAGGGGAAUGAUCUAAACACUAAAACUGCUUUAUUUAGCUAAAGUAAUUUAGGUGACUAUAGUGUUCCUUUAAUAUACAAUUCUACCCCUCUUAUAAAUGAACCACUCGUUUAGCAUACAAGUAUUAAGGCACCAUGACAACUUCAGUGUUUUCAACCAGUCAUUGUGCAGGAGUUUGUAUGUGCAGCAUUCUGCUUCAUAGCAUGACUGCACAUACUGAGUUUAACACCACCCCCGGGUUAGCCCCCCCAUACUUAGAAUUUUAACAAAAGAUUAUUCCAUUUGUUAGAUCUUUGUUAGAUCAGGUUUGAUCAACAAUUUUUUUCGUUAGAUCUACUCUAAAAUAUGCGAUAUUAACAAUCAUUGUCAGGGGGGGCUAACCCGUAGCCAGCCCCCCCUCAACAAAAAUUUGGAGAAAAUGUUGUUGAUUACGAUAGCUCUACGUUAGAUCAGGUUUGAUCAGGCAAAAUUUUUGUUUGAUCUAGUCUAAUUACUGAGAUAUUGCAUAUAUAAUUAGGGGGGGCUAGCCCCCCCUCAACUGAAAUUUGGACAAAAUGUUACUGAUUUUGGUAGCUAUUCGUUAGAUCAGGUUUGAUCAACUGUUUUUUUCGUUAGAUCUAUCACGCAAGAGGCGGUAUUCCCUACUUAACUUUGUGGGCGUGACUACGGGUUAGCCCCCCCUCAGGUGAAAUUUGAAUUUUUUUAAAUUGAUUUUGGUAGAUAUUCAUUAGGUCAGGUUUGAUCAACUGUUUUUUUCGUUAGAUCUAUCACGCAAGAGGCGGUAUUCACUACUUAACUUUGUGGGCGUGACUACGGGUUAGCCCCCCCUCAAGUGAAAUUUGAAUUUUUUUUUAUUGAUUUUGGUAGAUAUUCGUUAGGUCAGGUUUGAUCAACAGUUUUUUUCGUUAGAUCUAUCACGCAAGAGGCGGUAUUCACUACUUAACUUUGUGGGCGUGACUACGGGUUAGCCCCCCCUCAAGUAAAAUUUGAAUUUUUUUUAAUUGAUUUUGGUAGAUAUUCAUUAGGUCAGGUUUGAUCAACUGUUUUUUUCGUUAGAUCUAUCACGCAAGAGGCGGUAUUCACUACCUAACUUUGUGGGCGUGACUAUGGGUUAGCCCCCCUCAAGUGAAAUUUGAAUUUUUUUUAAUUGAUUUUGGUAGAUAUUCGUUAGGUCAGGUUUGAUCAACUGUUUUUUUCAUUAGAUCUAUCACGCAAGAGGCGGUAUUCACUACUUAACUUUGUGGGCGUGACUACGGGUUAGCCCCCCCUCAAGUGAAAUUUGAUUUUUUUUUUAUUGAUUUUGGUAGCUAUUCGUUAGAUCAGGUUUGAUCAACUAUUUUUUUCGUUAGCUCUAUCACGCAAGAGGCGGUAUUCACUACCUAACUUUGUGGGCGUGACCACGGGUUAGCCCCCCCUCAAGUGAAAUUUGAAUUUUUUUUUAUUGAUUUUGGUAGCUAUUCGUUAGAUCAGGUUUGAUCAACUAUUUUUUUAGUUAGAUCUCUCACGCAAGAGGCGGUAUUCACUACCUAACUUUGUGGGCGUGACUACGGGUUAGCCCCCCCUCAAGUGAAAUUUGAAUUUUUUUUCAUUGAUUUUGGUAGCUAUUUGUUAGAUUAAGUAAGAUCAACUGUUUUUUUCCGUAAGAUCUAUCACGCAAAAGGCGGUAUUCACAAUCUUAUUUUAAUUUUGCACAUAAAUACCAGUAAAUUUUCAUAUCAAGCCACAGGUGACAUCAUAUUUUAGGAAUUUGCUAACACAAUGUGUAGAUCAUUUUCAAUAUUUGUUUUAAUUCUCUACAUGCACAGUAUUGAGGUGAUAAAGUCCUGCAUAUGCCCAGCCUGAACUUAUUAGUGAUAUUUGAAUACAGUUGCAAGAAAAAGUAUGUGAGCCCUUUGGAAUGAUAUGGAUUUCUGCACAAAUUGGUCAUAAAAUGUGAUCUGAUCAUCAUCUAAGUCACAACAAUAGACAAUCAGUCUGCUUAAACUAAUAACACACAAAGAAUGAAAUGUUGCCAUGUUUUUAUUGAACACACCAUGUAAACAUCCACAGUGCAGGUGGAAAAAUUAUGUGAACCCCUAGACUAAUGACAUCUCCAAGAGCUAAUUGGAGUGAGAUGUCAGCCAACAGGAGUCCAAUCAAUGAGAUGAGAUUGGAGGUGUUGGUUACAGCUGCCCAGGUCAGGAGUAAUUCUUGACCAUUCCUCUUUACAGAACUAUUUCAGUUCAGCAAUAUUCUUGGGAUGUCUGGUGUGAAUUGCUUUCUUGAGGUCAUGCCACAGCAUCUCAAUCGGGUUGAGGUCAGGACUCUGACUGGGCCACUUCAGAAGGUGUAUUUUCUUCUGUUUAAGCCAUUCUGUUGUUGAUUUACUUCUAUGCUUUGGGUCAUUGUCCUAUUGCAACACUCAUCUUCUGUUGAGCUUCAGCUGGUAGACAGAUGGCCUUAAGUUCUCCUGCAAAAUGUCUUGGGAAUUCAUUUUUCCUUCGAUGAUAGCAAUCUAUCCAGGCCCUGACGCAGCAAACAGCCCCAAACCAUGAUGCCCCCACCACCAUACUUCACAGUUGGGAUGAGGUUUUGAUGUUUGUGUGCUGUGCCUCUUUUUCGCCACAUAUAGUGUUGUGUGUUUCUUCCAAACAACUCAACUUUGGUUUCAUCUGUCCACAGAAUAUUUUGCCAGUACUGCUGUGGAACAUCCAGGUGCUCUUGUGCAAACUGUAAACGUGCAGCAAUGUUUUGUUUGGACAGCAGUGGCUUCCUCUGUGGUAUCCUCCCAUGAAAUCCAUUCUUGUUUAGUGUUUUACGUAUUGUAGAUUCGCUAACAGGGAUGUUAGCAUUUGCCAGUGACUUUUGUAAGUCUUUAGCUGACACUCUAGGAUUCUUCUUCACCUCAUUGAGCAGUCUGCGCUGUGCUCUUGCAGUCAUCUUUACAGGACGGCCACUCCUAGGGAGAGUAGCAGCAGUGCUGAACUUUCUCCAUUUAUAGACAAUUUGUCUUACCGUGGACUGAUGAACAGCAAGGCUUUUGGAGAUACUUUUAUAACCCUUUCCAGCUUUAUGCAAGUCAACAAUUCUUAAUCGUAGGUCUUCUGAGAGCUCUUUUGUGCGAGGCAUCAUUCACAUCAGGCAAUGCUUCUUGUGAAAAGCAAACCCAGAACUGGUGUGUGUUUUUUAUAGGGCAGGGCAGCUGUAACCAACACCUCCAAUCUCAUCUCAUUGAUUGGACUCCAGUUGGCUGACAUCUCACUCCAAUUAGCUCUUGGAGAUGUCAUUAGUCUAGGGGUUCACAUACUUUUUCCACCUGCACUGUGAAUGUUUACAUGGUGUGUUCAAUAAAAACAUGGCAACAUUUCAUUCUUUGUGUGUUAUUAGUUUAAGCAGACUGUGAUUGUCUAUUGUUGUGAGUUAGAUGAUGAUCAGAUCACAUUUUAUGACCAAUUUGUGCAGAAAUCCAUAUCAUUCCAAAGGGCUCACAUACUUUUUCUUGCAACUGUAUUCAAAUAUCACUAAUAAGUUCAGGCUGCGCAUAUGCUGGACUUUAUCACCUCAAUACUGUGCAUGUAGAGAAUAAAAAAAAAAUAUUAAAAAUGAUCUACACAUUGUGUUAGAAAAUCCAAGCAAAUUCCUAAAUUAUGAUGUCACCUGUGGCUUGAUAUGAAAAUUUACUGGUAUUUAUGUGCAAAAUUAAAAUAAGAUUGUGAAUACCGCCUUUUGCGUGAUAGAUCUUACGGAAAAAAACAGUUGAUCUUACUUAAUCUAACAAAUAGCUACCAAAAUCAAUGAAAAAAAAAUCAAAUUUCACUUGAGGGGGGGCUAACCCGUAGUCACGCCCACAAAGUUAAGUAGUGAAUACCGCCUCUUGCGUGAUAGAUCUAACGAAAAAAAUAGUUGAUCAAACCUGAUCUAACGAAUAGCUACCAAAAUCAAUAAAAAAAAUUUCAAAUUUCACUUGAGGGGGGGCUAACCCGUAGUCACGCCCACAAAGUUUAGUAGGGAAUACCGCCUCUUGCGUGAUAGAUCUAACGAAAAAAAUAGUUGAUCAAACCUGACCUAAUGAAUAUCUACCAAAAUCAAGUUAAAAAAAUUCAAAUUUCACUUGAGGGGGGGCUAACCCGUAGUCACGCAAACAAAGUUAAGUAGGGAAUACCACCUCUUGCGUGAUAGAUCUAACGAAAAAAACAGUUGAUCAAACCUGAUCUAACGAAUAGCUACCAAAAUCAGUAACAUUUUGUCCAAAUUUCAGUUGAGGGGGGGCUAGCCCCCCCUAAUUAUAUAUGCAAUAUCUCAGUAAUUAGACUAGAUCAAACAAAAAUUUUGCCUGAUCAAACCUGAUCUAACGUAGAGCUAUCAUAAUCAACAACAUUUUCUCAAAAUUUUUGUUGAGGGGGGGCUGGCUACGGGUUAGCCCCCCCUGACAAUGAUUGUUAAUAUCGCAUAUUUUAGAGUAGAUCUAACGAAAAAAAUUGUUGAUCAAACCUGAUCUAACAAAGAUCUAACAAAUGGAAUAAUCUUUUGUUAAAAUUCUAAGUAUGGGGGGGCUAACCCGGGGGUGGUGAGUUUAACCCCUCUGUCACUUCUGCCACAUCACGGGGAACAAGAGUUCUGGGCUAGCUAAUGUGAAUUCUGUUCAAAUGUGGCUUCAGUCAGGUUUUUGGUUUUAGAAACCCUCUAAGUUACUUGUCACAGUAUAACACAAUCGUUAUGUUGUAAAUUAUUGAUCCUCGCAACACAAUGCAUAUUGGCAUAUUGGCAAACUGCAGCACAGAAACUGAUUGUUUAACAGAGUCAGCAAAUGUGAAAACCCACCUCUGGAAUCUGACUGUCACCAUAUGAAGCUGUGUUUCAACAUCACGUACUACCUUAGCAUUUUCUUUUCUUGUCUUAUCUACUCAUCUCCUUCCCUUUAGAACUCCAUACAUAAACACACACACACACACAUACACACAUACAGUACCUGCUUUCACCUCUGUCACUUUUCAUUUCCAAUAUAAAUGGUAAUAUUUAAACACUAUUUCUGCUAUUAAUCAGAUAGGAUAGUUCAUGCCCCUUAGUGCUAUUUUUACAAGUCUCUACAUUGGGUUUAGUUAGAAACAUAGAACAUAGAAUGUGACAACAGAUAAAAACCAUUCAGCCCAUCUAGUCUGCCCAAUUUUCUAAAUACUUUCAUUAGUCCCUGGCAUUAUCUUAUAGCUAGGAUAGCCUUAUGCCUAUCCCACACAUGCUUAAGCUCCUUUACUUUGUUAAUCUCUACCACUUCAGCUGGAAGGCUAUUCCAUAUAUCCACUACCCUCUCAGUAAAGUAAUACUUCCUGAUAAACCUUUGCCCCUCUAAUUUAAGACUAUGUCUUCUUGUUGUGGUAGUUUUUCUUUUAAAUAUAGUCUCCUCCUUUACUGUGUUGAUUCCCUUUAUGUAUUUAAAUGUUUCUAUCAUAUCCCCCCUGUCUCGUCUUUCCUCCAAGCUAUACAUGUUAAAUUCCCUUAAUCUUUCCUUGUAAGUUUUAUCCUGUAAUCCAUGAACUAGUUAAGUAGCCGUUCUCUGUACUCUCUCUAAAGUAUCAAUAUCCUUCUGGAGAUAUGGUCUCCAGUACUGUGUACAAUACUCCAAGUGAAGUCUCACCAGUGUUCUCUACAAUGGCAUGAGCACUUCCCUCUUUUUACUGCUAAUACCUCUCACUAUACAACCAAGCAUUCUGCUAGCAUUUCCUGCUGAUGUAUUACUUUAAGUCAUCAGAAAUAAUUACCCCUAAAUCUCUUUCCUCAGAUGUUGAGGUUAGGACUCUAUCAAAAAUUCUGUACUCUGCCCUUGGGUUUUUACAUCCAAUAUGCAUUAUCUUGCACAUAUCCACAUUAAAUGUCAGUUGCCACAACUCUGAAGAUUUUUCUAGUUUACUUUAAUCAUUUGCCAUUUGGCUUAUCCCUCCUUGAACAUCAACCCUCUUACAGGGGUUCUUCCUGUUUCUUUUUUUAUCAUCAGCAAAAAGACAUACCUUACCAUCAAGACCUUCUGCAAUAUCACUAAUGAAAAUAUUAAAGAGAAUGGGUCCAAAUACAGAUCCCUGAGGUACCCCACUGGUAACAAGCCCAUGCUUUGAAUAUAUUUGAACCCCUGUUGCUUGCCAUUCAGCCACUGCCUUACCCAUUCAACAAUAUUGGAAUCCAAACUUAAAGAUUGCAGUUUAUUGAUAAGUCUUCUAUGUGCAACAGUGUAAAAAGCCUUACUGAAAUCUAGGUAAGCAAUGUCUACUGCCCCACCCUGAUCUAUUAUUUUCGUUACCCAAUCAAAAAAUCAAUAAGAUUAGUUUGGCAUGAUCUCCCUGAAGUAAACCCAUGUUGUCUCUGAUCUUGAAAUCCAUGUGAUUUUAGAUGUUCAACAAUCCUAUCCUUUAACAUGGUUUCCAUUACUUUCCCCACUACUGAAGUAAGGCUUACUGGCCUAUAGUUGCCCGACUCCUCCCUACUACCUUUCUUGUGAAUGGGCACAACAUUUUCCAACAUCCAAUCUUCUGGGACUACUCCUGUUAACAAUGAUUGGUUAAAAAAAUCUGUUAAUGUUUUGCAAGUACACCACUAAGCUCUUUUUUUUUUUUUUUUGACAAUCUUUAUUUAUCAGUUUUUUUCAACAGAUAAUGUAACAUUAGUCAGUCUGGUAACGAACAAUGUUUACUGAAAGAACAAUUUUGCGCAGACAAGGUUUUACUCUCGCUACCUGAUAGACCCGUCCUUGGGUUUCUUCUGUUAUACCCUUGAGCUAUCGUGGCUAAUGCCUGCAGUUAUAUUGCGCUUGUAUGUAGCUAGGUCGGAAUCCCGGGUCCUUAAGGCGAUUGCCGCCUCGGGCUCCAACUGAUUUAGACUGCGAUUCUAGCUGUCUGUGUCUGGUACUCUGUCCCUGGGGUACUUCCCUAGCGUUUAUCGUAGCCGUCUAUGGUUGUCCCUUAGGUGCACUGCGCUACUUGGGGUGCAAAACUAACAAUUGGAUCCGGUUAUCUCAUUCCCGGUUUCCCGGUACGGGUCUGUCGUCAUAUGGUGUACCUUCCCCUCUGCGAACUGCGGUGCUAAGUGACGUGCUGGUCAUAUGGGAGGUUACCUGUGCAUCUCUGAUAUGUGGGGAGCUUCUGUUCUACUUAGUAGCCAUCGGCCAGCUGCAGGUGCAGUGUUCGGGGUUAUUUGCGUGUGCUUUGGGGUCUUACUGUUUACCGGGAGUCGAGUGAUCCCGUGUCGCAAACCUGUCUGUGCGUCCGGCUGAUUAAAGGUGUCCGUCCUGGAUUACUCCAGGUCCCGGUGGUGUGUGUAGUUUGUUCAAGCGGGUGUUUUGUCUUCCAGUUGUCAGUUUUGGUCGGGGGGGGAAACUGUCAGUAGUCUGUGUGUGGUUAAUGGGUAGGGCGUGUCUGUGCCUAUGAGGGGUAAGGCAGUUGUCGUGAUGUUCUGUGAGUUUCAGCUAAAUUGGCUCGGGGGUCACAGUUCCAUUAGCCACAUAUGUACCAGGUCAAUGCACACCGCUCUGGUCUCCCGUGGAGGUCGGCCGUCAGGGUCUCCAUUGAGUAUAUGUCCUCCACCGCCGACACCCAAUGCCCCAAGGUGGGCGCUCUUGGCUGUUUCCACAUCCUCGGGAUAAGGAAACAGGCAUUGAAAGGGCGGCAGCUCCAGGGAUUUUUUGUAUGCUGUCAGUGGGCUUCGGGUGUGGUGCAAAAGCAUCGUUAAGGGUGCCAGGGGGAUAUCGGUGCCUGUAAUUUUGUUGACCUCUCCUCUAAUUUGUUCCCAGAAAGGGGCAAUUACCGGGCAUGACCACCACAUGUGGAUAUACGUGCCAGGUUGUGUGCCACAUCGCCAGCACAUGCCUGACGUGGUACCGUGCAUGCGGUGCAGUGUGUCGGGCGUUCUAUACCAGCGCGUUAGCACUUUAUAGUUUAAUUCCUGAUAUUUUGAGCUAAUAGAGCAUUUGUGCGUGAGGGUGUAAAUCUUGUCCCAUUCGUGUGCAGUGAGUGUCUCUCCCGCAUCCCUCUCCCAGUGGUCCUUGAACCUAAGCUCCACGUCCCUGUUCGUCCGAGUCAUGAGUAGUGUGUACAGUGUUGAGAUUCCCCUGGUGAUGUGUGUGCGUUGCACACAUAGGGUUUCAAAGUCAGUUAAGGGUCUGUGUAGGUGCCCCUUACCCGACAGGGCUGAGUAGUAAGAUUUUAUUUGGCGGUAUCUAAACUGUUCAAGGAAUGUAGAUGUUCUGUCGGGGCAUAGUUCUCCGAGUGUUUUUAGGCCAUUGGAGCUGAGCCAUUGGUGUAUAUAUGACCAGUCCGUCAGUUGGAGUCCGGCUAGGUCACCGCAAGUUAGUGAAUCUGCCAAGUCCGGGUUAUGUGUGAGGGGGAUCAGGGGAUUGGGUGAAGUGGUGAGUUGUAGACGGUAUCGGGUUGCCAUCCAGACCCUUAGGGUGGCGUCUAUUAAGGGAUUUUUAGUUUGUAGGUCUGCGUGUGUAGCAGUGUGUAGCCAUAAUGUGGGGGGUAUGUGCCCUCCCGACUGUUCCAAUUCCAGUGUGACCCAUUGUUUUGUGGGAUGUUGUGCGUGCCAGUCUGUGAGCCUGUGUAAAUGUGCGGCCCGGUAGUAUGUCUCAAUUGAGGGCAGGCCGGCUCCCCCCAACGGUUUCGGCAAUUCCAAUGUCGUUCUCUUGAUGCGCGUUGGGCGCGAAUUCCAAACGAAUCUGCGGAUGGCGGUCGUCAGGGAGCUAAAGAACGCUCUGGGGACCGCGAUCGGCACCGUCUGGAAUAAAUAGAGCAGUCUGGGUAGAAGGUUCAUUUUGACUGCGUUAAUGCGUCCAAACCAAGAUAUAUAUUGAGGGGCCCAUUUUCUCAUGUCUGCCUGGAUCGUUUGUAGCAGCGGGUGGUAGUUUUGGUAGUACAGUUGGGUCAUGUCUUUUGGUAGCCAUAUACCCAGGUAUUUCAAUUUAGUGGGACACCAUUUGAAGCGGAAUUGGGUGUAUAGCGUCGAUGAGGAGUCCUGAGGGCCAGGUAGGUGAAGGGCUUCUGACUUAUCUGUGUUGAGCUUAAGGUUAGAUAUCAAGCCAAACCUUCGGAAUGUGGCCAGAAGAUUAGGAAGUGAUAUCCGCGGAAGGAUGAGAAAAAAUAACAUGUCAUCCGCGUAUGCAGCAACCCGAUAUUCUCGCUGGCCAACGAUGAAUCCCGUGAUACCCCCGUCUCGUCGGACCGCCCCCAGGAAGGGUUCCAGGGAGAGGGCAAACAGGAGGGGGGACAGCGGGCAGCCCUGGCGGGUUCCAUUUCGAAUGGGAAAGGGGGCGGACAGAGCACCAUUCACCCGAAUCCGAGCCGUCGGGCUUGUGUACAGGGAAAGGACCCAUGAUCUCAUGCGUGGGCCGAAUCCCAUGUGUGUGAGUGUUUCCUCCAAGUACACCCAGUCCACCCGGUCGAAGGCCUUCUCGGCAUCUGUCGAGAGGAGGAGUAGCUCCCGAUGUUGCGACCUUGCUACUUGCAGAAUGUUUAGGGCUUUGAUGGUGUUAUCCCUUCCCUCCCUCUCUGGGACGAACCCGACCUGGUCCGAGUGCACUAGGUGUGGUAGGUGCUUAGCGAUUCGCAGGGCUAGUGUCUUGGCGAACAGUUUGAGGUCUGCAUUGAGCAGGGAUAUGGGGCGGUAGCUAGCGCAAUUCGCUGGGUCCUUACCUUCCUUGGGUAUUACCGUGACUAUGGCCGCUAGUGUGUCGGUGGGAAACCGUUCCCCGUCUUGAAGUGAGCCACGACCUCGUAGGAGGUUCAGCAAUAAUAUAUCGCGGAAUGUACGCAAGUAUGCCAGUGGAAGGCCAUCUGGGCCAGGAGCCCUGUGGGAUUUGGAGAUUUCCAAAUAUAUCUGGUAUCUGGCGUGUUAUUAGUAUCAAAGUAUUGUGUCAGUGCUUGCCUGGCUUGUUCCUUGUCCACUAGGUCGAGCAGUAAGUUUUCGUUCAACUUCCAUUGCCGUUCUGCAGGUUUAUGUAGGGGGGAUUGGAUUUGUACUGUGAUGGGGGCAUGGUCAGAGUCUGCGAUAUGCCCUAUGCUAGCUCGUUGGAGUAAUGUUAGGGCCUCUUGUGCCAUUAGGAUGUAGUCGAUUCGGCUGUAGCGCUGAUGUACAGCCGAAUAGAAGGUGUAGUCUCUGCCCUCGGGGUUAGCCACUCUCCAGCAGUCAGCCAAGCCACACUGGGCUAAAGCCCUCCCUGUUGAGCGUAUGCAGUGACCUGGUAUCGAAGUUUCUCCCCUAGAUGUAUCCAGCCUAGAGUCAAGGGGAAUGUUGAGGUCCCCUGCCACUAUCAGAAGGCCUUCUCUGAAUUUGUUUAGUAAGGCUAGCGUUUUAGUUAGGAAGACGUGUUGGCGUCGAUUAGGGGAGUACAGGCAGGCAAAUGUGUAAGUGGACUGUGCCAUUGUUCCUUUGAUAAAUACGUAUCUACCCCCGGGGUCUGACUUCUGCUCCGUGCAGACGAAUGGGACUGUACUGGAGAGUAGGAUUGCUACUCCGGCCUUCUUCCCGUCUGGGUGAUUGGCAUAAAAUCCUGUGGGGUAACGCCUGUUUCUCACGGUCGGCGCCUCUGCACCCUGAAAAUGUGUUUCCUGUAAAAACGCCACUGAGGCGCACUCUGCCCACAGUGUGCGAAGUAUUUGGGACCUUUUUUCGGGAAUGUUUAGGCCUCUCACAUUGUUAGACCAUAGGGUCAGCGGUGUCGGCUUGUAGUUAGAGCCCAUCUCUAUCAGCGUUAUUUGUGAGGCGUGUGUGGGAAUGUAUGCGUCAGUGGUUAGUGGGUGUAGGGGUAAGGUCUGUCCGGUGUCUGGGGAGGGGGUAAGUCUGUCCAAGAGUAAGGCAACUGUGGCCUCCGAGUGUAUAUACAACGUGAGUCCGUUACUUGGGGUAUGCGGUCCCUCUGGUCUGGGUCGUUCGAUAGUGUCGUGUCGAGCCCUUCCCUUGGCUCCAAGCUCAUCUAUCGUGCUGGAUUGUAGAUCUCUCCGAGCAUGUUUCCGUCCCGGAAAUCCCACCCACCUUCGUCGUCCCUCCCUGUCACGGCCUAUGUAUGGGCUAUCUGACUCGGGCCCCAAGUUUCACGUCAUUCUGUUACUGUCACUACACAUAUUGUACAGCGUCUGCGCAAUUGUUUACAAACAAUAGAAACCAUAUACCAAUAUAACAAUCAUAAUAAACAGUUGUGGAGCAAGGGCCCCCAUUCUCCCCCCCAAGGGAGUCCCCCGCAUUCCCUCCUUGGUGGCCCCACUGCGUGCCUGAAAGGCCCUCGGCUGUCCAGAAGGUGCUGGAGUCCAUGCUAUCGGUCGGACCCAUCAGGCUAGAGCUUGGGGAGAUCACCCUUACAGCGGUGGGUACUACCCCGGUAUGGUGGCAGCCUCCCGGCCUCCACCCCCACACCCCAUCCACCCAAAGGUAGCUGGUGUUCCUGGACCGUGGUAACUAGGAGAGUCCCAGCGUGGCAUGUCCAUGCAAAGGCUAUCUCCUGAGGGUCCCCACCCCUGGUUGUGAGGCUUAGGUUAGGCCACCCCCUGCUAGUGUGGAUCUGGACCCCGUGUUGCGGGCUUAGGUCAGGGAAUCAAGUACAUACCAAGUUGUGCUGUGGUUCGACCAGGUGCGUGGGGGGCCAUGUCAUCUCGUGGUGCCUGACACCCACAGGAGCUUCCGAUGGUCGGUGUCUAGGCCUUCAGGGGUCUUGUAGCUUACUCUCGUAGUGGCUGGGGGGCCGUUGGUGGGGUGGCAGGUCGGCGGUCGGGGUAGCCGAAUGGGAGGUAGGGGGCCAGGUUCAUAGGUUUAUUCUUCAUGGCUGUCCGGGCCACCCCGCCGGAACUCGCUGCCUGUAAGGCCUGUGCCCGGCCUGUCGCUGACUGUCAGUGGAUGCUGUGGUUGUUGCUCCAGGACCCAGUUGGAUACCGUAACCGCGGGUAGACUCGUGGCUCGUAUGAAGCGUGGAACAUCCGCUGGCCAGCGAUGAUAUGCCAGGAUUGGCCCACCUUCGUCUGCAGGCUGAAAGGGAAGCCCCAUUUGUAUGGGAUCCUCCGCUCCCAGAGAAUGGCGGUUACUGGACGCAGCGCCCUCCUGGCCUCUAGCGUGAGCGUGGAAAGAUCCUGGUAAAGCGAGACCUGUCCGUCUCUAAAGGCGAUGUUCUGCUGAUUGCGCGCCGCUCUCAUGAUGCCAUCUUUUAAGGCGUAAGAGAGCAAGCAGCAGAUUACGUCUCUCGGUGGUCCCUCAGGGGACAAGGGUCGCAGCGCUCUAUGGGCUCUUUCGAUACCGUAGUCUUCUGGGGCUCUGUCUCCCAGAAUAUGGGUAAACAGGUCUGUCAGGAGUUCUGGCAGCGUUUCGUCCGCGUUUUCGGGUAGGCCCCUUAUGCGGAUAUUGUUCCUCCUUCCGCGGUUGUCCAGGUCUUCUAGUUGUCUCCUGAGAUCUAGUAGGACAUUGCCCUGUCUGGUGGUGGCAGUGUCAGUGGCAUGUUGGUGCUGCACAGUCUGGGCUCUGUCUGCUUCUAGGGCCUCUACCCUGUGUUCAAGGGCUGUCAGAUCUUUCCUCACCUCCAUGACUUCCUCCCUGAUUGCAGUCCUGAUUUCUGCCAGCAUCUCAGCUUUGUCAGCCCUGGACAGCAUAUUGGCAGUGAUCUUGGCCAGCUCGGAUGAAAUAUGUGCAAGAGUGUCUCCCCUGGGUGAGCCCUGCGUCUGGCUGUCACUGCUGCUAUCCCCUGGGGAGGCCGGCGCCAUUUUGGCUGCGGCCGGCGCAGACCGCAUGUCUCGCGGCGUGCAUACAUAGCCGUCCAUGGGGCCCGAGGUGCGACCCGGAGAGCCGGCUUGUGAGGGUCCCGGCGUGUGGGGUCUCCUGGAUUUACCCAUCCCGGGUUGAAUAGCGCUUGUUGAUGGGUGCUAGUGUGAGCUGGGGCCGCGGAGCAGGCUCGGGAUGCGUCCUACUCCAUACCCGGUCAGGCCAUGCCCCCCGUUGAUCCACUAAGCUCUUUUAAUAACUUUGGGUGUGUUCCAUCAGGUCCCAUUCAGGGCCGGACUGGCCCACCGGGAUACCGGGAAAUUUCCCGGUGGGCCGCCGCACCUGGGGCCUGUCUGACAGCCCUGAUCAUUGGGUUCCUGUGGAGCCCUGUGAUCCCGGCCGGCCAUGUGUGAGCUGUGCAGCCGCACAGAGCCCCAUGGGAGCAGGGGUUGCCAGGCGGCACAGCUCACACAUGGCCGCCGAUGAGAAAUUUGUUUUUUUUUUAAAAUUGCGGUGGGGGCGGGGCUUACGUGCGGUGGGGGCGGGGCUAGCGUGCGGCGGGGGCGGGGCUUAUUGGGCGGCGGCGGCCUGGCUGACUGCAGCAUGGGAAGCAGGAAGGAGUUCCUGCUUCCCCAACAACCAGCCUGCAGGAGCUCCAAGCAGGAGGUAAGGAGCAGGUCAGUGUGUCUGUGUGUGUGUGUGACUGUGUGUGUGUGACUGUGUGUGUGUGACUGCCUGUGAGUGACUGCCUGUGAGUGUGUGACUGUCUGUGUGAGUGUGUGACUGUCUGUGUGAGUAUGUGACUGUCUGUGAGUGUGUGACUGUCUGUGAGUGUGUGACUGUCUGUGUGAGUGUGUGACUGUGUGACUGUGUGACUGUCUGUGUGUGACUGUGUGUGUGUGACUGUCUGCCUGUGUGUGUGUGUGUGUGACUGUCUGCCUGUGUGUGCGUGUGUGACUGUCUGCCUGUGUGUGCGUGACUGUCUGCCUGUGUGUGACUGUCUGUCUGUGUGUGUGGCUGUCUGCCUGUCUUUGUAUGUGUGGGUGUUUGCCUCGGUGUCAGUGACUGUCUUGAUAAAAAUGAGUGCAAGGCACCCGGAAGCUCUUCACAUUAGAAAAUAAUUUUUUGAUUAACAUUAUAAGGGAUGUUUCACUUUUUGUCUCAUGAUAAAUUAUGCAAGUUGUUAUGCAUUUUUUUUUUUAUUGAAAAAGGCAGGAAGAUACAGAAAAAGAUCACAAGUACGGUAACACAAACUAUCACAGACUUUAAAUAUAAAAAGAUAAUAUAGUCAGCAAUAAAAAGCUAAUGGAAUAAAUGCAGCUAACACAGAGGCACAUCAUGUCAUCUUAAAAUACAAACAUUUGCAUAAUAGUAAGGUGAAAGAGUACGUAACCAGUCUUGGUGUUGCCUAGGUAGAAGCCAAGGCAUAUCUUAUUUAAGAAUUGGACAUAUAUACAAAAAAAAAAAAAAUCAGUAGUUAAAAUGAAGCCGUAAACGAACAGGGAAGUAUAGAACAAAUAAGGAAAGAAGUAGAGACAAUAAGAGAGGAAAGUGAAAGGGGAGAAGGAGAUGUACAUUUCAAACCCAAAUAGCUAUUCGUUUAUCAGCAUUAUUACUUUGGAAUUACAUUUCCAAUGGGAAAUGCUUAAUCAAUAAAUUGUUCAUAGUGUUGUAUAUCUAGCAAUUAUAUUUACUAAAUGUGUAUUAACAAAAGAUGCAAUCUUAGAUAAAACUUGUUCUCGUGGUUACUGUAGUACUUUUAUUAAUAAUUUUAAGCCUGUGUCAGAUAGCUUUGCCUUCAUUUAAUCUUCCCUUCUUUUAUAAUUAUGAUUUUGCGGUAUUACACUAUAACUCACUAUGCAAUUGGUAUCAAUUACAAAUUAAAAAUUAAAAAAAAUAACACAGUUUAGUUGAUGUUUUAUAUGUCAUGCUUAACACCUUGAGACAUACUAACUAUGACAAGCAUUGGAUUUGAGGUAUAGAAGUCAAGUGGUAGCUCUCUAGCUGUUGAUGGAAUAAAACUACAAAGAUCCACCUUUUAUGUUGUCAGUUUAUUUUAACACUUUCAUGAUGGCACUCUCAUACUCAGUGAAGCUCUGCAUUUAACAUCCUGCAGCAAAUCCAACAACCCUCAGCCGCGGUCUUGCUUUUACAACUAGGCAUUCUUUUUACUUUUCCUAUCCUCUGUCUCUUUAUUCCUUUUUGGGGGGUUGAGUUGUAUAGUAUAGGCAUUUAUUAAGGGGUGCCCUUGAAGGCACUUAGUUUUUCUAUCUUACAAGCGUCAGGAUUACCUAUAUUUCCUACAUCUCUAUUUAUCAUUGCAUCUAAUCCUAGCUUGUUACUGCCUCCUAUACCUCCCUAUUUACAGGUAUUCUCUGCCUCUUUUCUAUUAACUAUUGCAACCACAUUGGUAUGCUGUUUAACCUCCUGUGUAUUAGAGAUACUUUAUCUAUAUACAGCAGACCGUGUCCUGCAGGAGGAGUUCAGAGGACACCAAUACUCCACCCUCCUAUCUUGAACAUUGUUUAUAGCAAGUGGCUUCACUUUUUACUAUUUAAUUAUCUCUCUGUAUUUAGACCUUUUUUGGGAGGUUGUGCUAUAUAGUAUAAGCAUUUAUUAAGGGGUGCCCUCGAAGGCACUUAGAUCUUCUAUCUUACAAGCAUCAGGAUUAUCUAUAUUUUCUACAUCUCUAUUUAUCAUUGCAUCUAAUCCUAGCUUGCUACUGCCUCCUAUACCUCCCUAUUUACAGGUAUUCUCUGCCUCUUCUUCAUUAACCCCUUCGCGACCGAGGACGGUUCAGGACCGUCAUCGGCAUUUUUGCGUUGUCGACCGAUGACGGUCCUGAACUGUCCUAAUGGUCUCCGUUACUUACCUGAUCGCCGUCGUUCCCCCGGCAGCGAUCAGCGUUGCUCCGGUUGUGGGGAGACUGCCUGCAGCCCAGACAGUCUCCCCACACUGAAUUAGGACCCCUGUGGCCAUGUGAUCGCUCAACACAGCGAUCACAUGGUCACAAUAGGUGUCCAUGUGUCUGCCUGCAGUCUCCCUGCUAGUGUAAAAUCAUUUAAAAAAAUAAAGUUGGUGUUAAGAAAAAAAAAUAAUUAUAUAUGUGUAUACAUAUAUGAUAUAUAGACAUAUAUUAUAUCAAUAUAAUAUAUGUAUAAUGCCAUACUAAGUGUAUUUUUAUAUUAAUAUGUACUUAUAUUAAUAUAAAAAUACACUUAUAAUUAAAUUACACACGUAUAUAUAAUAUAUAUAAUAACUAUAUAUAUUGUAUAUAUAUAUAUUAUUAUAAAAUAUAAAUAAUAAGUAAUUUAAAUUAAAUAAAAAAUUUUUUAAUAUAAUAAAAAAUUUAAAAAAAUUAUAUAGCUAUAUGAAAUUUUAUUCUAACUGUAUUUUAAAAUUAAUAUAUAUAUAUUUAUAUCAAAAUACACUUAGAAUGAAUUUGUAUAUAUAUCUAUGUAUAUAAAAAUAAUAAGAAAUAUACAUAUGUCCAUAUACAAAAUUACAUAAAUAAUUAUAUAAAUAGAUGGGGUUAUAAUAUAACCCCAUCUAUUUAUAUAAUUAUCUAUUUAUAUAAUUAUUAUUUAUAUAUUAUAUAAUAUAUAAUUAUAGCCAAAGAUGGGGUACAUUGACGUUGUGGCAGGCUUAUGCACUGUAUGAUCAUAUAAUGUAACUAAACCCCCAUUAUUUAAAAAUAAAGUUAGUGAUAAUAAAAAAAAAAAAAUUAUAUAUGUGUAUACAUAUAUGAUAUAUAGACAUAUAAUAUAUCUAUAUAAUAUAUGUCUAUAUAUCAUCUAUAUAAUGCCAUACUAAGUGUAUUUUUAUAUUAAUAUGUACUUAUAUUAAUAUAAAAAUACACUUAUAAUUAAAUUAUACACGUAUAUAUAUAAUAUAUAUAAUAACUAUAUAUAUUGUAUAUAUAUAUUAUUAUAAAAUAUAAAUAAUAAGUAAUUUAAAUUAAAUAAAUUUUUUUUAUAUAAUAAUAAAUUUUUUUUUAAAAAUUAUAUAGCUAUAUGAAAUUUUAUUCUAACUGUAUUUUAAAAUUAAUAUAUAUAUAUUUAUAUCAAAAUACACUUAGAAUGAAUUUGUAUAUAUAUAUCUAUGUAUAUAAAAUAAAUAAAAAUAAUAAGAAAUAUACAUACGUCCAUAUACAAAAUUACAUAAAUAAUUAUAUAAAUAUACACAUAGACUUCAAAUAUAUAAAUAUGCAUAUAUAUUUAAAUUCUACGUGCGUAUUUAUGUAAUAUUUUUACAUAAUUCAGUAAUUUUAUUGAUUGCAAUUUGAGGGACCUGCCUGCCAGCCCAGGCCGAAAUUCCAGAGAAUUGAAUUUGCUAGCACUGUAUUUUACCCUGUAACGUUCUACGACACCCUAAAACCUGUACAUGGGGGGUACUGUUUUACUCCGGAGACUUCGCUGAACACAAAUAUUAGUGAUUCAAAACAGUAAAACAUAUCACAGCGAUGAUAUUGUCAGUGAAAGUUACUUUUUUUGCAUUUUUCACACACAAACAGCACUUUUACUGAUGAUAUAAUUGUUGUGAUACGUUUUCCAGUUUUUAAAUACUAAUAUUUGUGUUCAGCGAUGUCUCCUGAGUAAAACAGUACCCCCCAUGUACAGGUUUUAUAGCAUUUUUGAAAGUUACAAGGUCAAAUAUAUGGGUCAAAUAUUUUUACAUUGAAAAUGGCCAGGUUGGUUACGUUGCCUUUGAGAGCGUAUGGUAGCCCAGGAAUGAGAAUUACCCCAUGAUGGCAUACCAUUUGCAAAAGAAGACAACCCAAGGUAUUGCAAAUGGGGUAUGUCCAGUCUUUUUUAGUAACCACUUGGUCACAAACACUGGCCAAAAUUAGCGUUCAAUUUAGUUUUUUUACUUUUUUCACACACAAACAAAUAUGAAUGCUUACUUUGGCCAGUGUUUUCGACUAAGUGGCUACUAAAAAAGACUGGACAUACCCCAUAUUGAAUACCCUGGGUUGUCUACUUUAAAAAAAAUAUGUACAUGUGGGGUGUUAUUCAGAGAUUUAUGACAGAUAAUAGUGUUACAAUGUCACUAUUGAUAAAUUUUAAAAAUGUAUGUUUUGAAACCGCAAUAUCCUACUUGUACCUAUAGCCCUAUAACAUGCAAAAAAAAGCAAAAAAGCACGUAAACACUAGGUAUUUUUAAACUCAGGACAAAAUUUUGAAUCUAUUUAGCAGUUUUUUUCAUUCGCUUUUGUAGAUGAGUAAAAGAUUUUUCAAGUAAAAGUCAAAAAACAUGUAUUUUUUUCAAUUUUUCAUCAUAUUUUUUUAUUUUUUUUAAAAUUAAAAUACAUGAGAUUAUAUAAAUAAUGGUAUGUAAAGAAAGCCCCAUUUUGUCCUGAAAAAAACAAUAUAUAAUUUGUAUGGGAACAGUAAAUGAGAGAGCGGAAAAUUCCAGCCAAACACAAACACCACAAAAGUGUGAAAAUAUGCCUGGUCGCAAAUGUACAACAUCGCAAAAACAGUCCAGUCCUUAAGGGGUUAACUAUUGCAACCAUAUUGGUGUACUGUUUAACCUCUUGUGUAUUAGAGGUACUUUAUCUAUAUACAACAGACCCUGUUUUGCAGGAGGAGUUUAGAGGAUACUAAUACCCCACCCUCCCAUCUUGAAUUCAGUGACAUUGUUUAUAGAAAGUGGCUUAACUUUUUACUAUUAAAGUAUCUCUUUGUAUUUAAACCUCUCUUGCUAGCAAGCGUCAGGAUUACCUAUAGUCUCUAUAUUUCUACUGACCAUUAUAUCUAACCUAGCUUGCUACUGUCUCCUAUACAGGGCCGGCGCGUCCAUAAGGCGGCACAGGCGGCCGCCUUAGGGCGCACCGGCUCCGGGGGCGCAAUAUUUCAGUGACCGGCAGGAGGGAAGCUCUCCCUCCUGCCAGGCCACCAUCUCGACCCCCGGUGCGGCAGUGCUGUGAUCAGACGCGGCGAGGGAGCUCUAACCUCUCUGCUCUGCUCCCUCACGCGCUGUCUGCUGAUACCGCGGGAGCCGGAAUAUGACGUCAUCAACCCGGCUCCCGCGGUAUCAGAAGGCAGCCGCGAGGGAGCAGAGCAGAGAGGUUAGAGCUCCCUCGCCGCGUCUGAUCACAGCACUGCCGCACGCUUCCCAGUAGCCCCACUGGACCCCAGGGAAUGAUUCAUCAUCCACACCAGCUCUCCAGGUAGGGAGGCUGGGUGGAAAAUGUUUAUUUAUUAAAAUAAUUAGUGAGUGUGUGUAUGUGUGACUGUGUGUCUGUGAGUGACUGUCUGUGAUUGAAUGUGUGUCUGUGUGUGAGUGUCUGUGUGUGUCUGUGUGUGAGUGUAUGUGUGCCUGAGUGACUGUGUGCAUGAGUGUGUGUGUCUGUGAGUGUAUGUGUGUGUCUGUGAGUGUAUGUGUGUGUCUGUGAGUGAUUGUAUGAGUGUGUGUGUGUGUGUCUGUGAGUGCUUGUAUGAGUACUGCAUGUGAGUGUAUGAGUGUGGCAGUGUAUGUGUGUCUGUCAGUGUGUGUUUGUGAGUGUCUGUCAAAUCAGUGAGAGUAUCUUUGUCAUUGAGUCUGUGUGUGAGUAUCAGUGUGUCUGUCAAUGAAUGAGUGUGUGUCAGAUCAGUGAGUCUGUGUGUUUGUCAUUGAGUGUGUGUGACUGUCAGUGUGUAUACACCACUAAGUGUAGCGUGGCGGAGCGCAGUACAGGAGCUUCUGUUUCCUGUACCCGACCAGACUGACCGGAGGUGCUCACUGAGAGAGCACUCCCUGUCAGUCUGGCCAGGUACAGAAAAUUGAAGCUCCUGUAGGGGAUAUCCUCCACUCGGCAACGCUACAAGAGAGGUAGGAGGCACACCAGGAAGGGGAGUGCGACCACUAAAGGGGUGGGGGGUGCACCAAGGGACAGGGAGGGGAGGGGAGAGAAACACCAAGGGACAGGAAAAAGAGGGGAGAGCUUAGAAGAACACUAAGGGACAGGGAAGGGAGGGGACCACUAAUGGACGGGGAGAGGGGCUGGUUAAGAGGCACAUAAGUGAAGAUGUUAUUUUGGGGGGGGUGGAAAGAUACAUCUUCGCCUAUGUACCCAAAAAUCUUUGCACCGGCCCUGCUCCUAUACCUCUUUAUUUUACAGGUAUUCCCUGCCUCUUUUCCAUUAACCAUUGCAACCAACUGUUGUGCUGUUUAACCCCUUGUGCACUAGAGGUAUUUCAUCUAUAUUCAACCUACCCUGUUCUGCAGGAAGAGUUUUGAAGAUACUAGUAUCCCACUUCUCUAUUUAGAAUUCAGUUACAUUGUUCAUAGCAAGUAGUUUUACUUUACACAAAUAAGUAUUUCUUUGAAGCAACACUUCUCUUGCUAUUGAUUCUAUUGGAGGUUUAAUACCCCUACUAGUUUAUAGGACAUAUUAUUUUUUAGCCUUGUGCUUUUUGUUUUGCUUUUAUCUUUUCUAUUUUACAUUUUAAUAUAUCCAUUAAAAGUUAUUUUUUAUGCCCAUUUCAUUGUGACUAUAUUUACCAAAAUGUUGAGACACUUUAUGGUAGUUUUUUCUUUUCAUUUUUGUAUUCAUAUAAAUUCACCAUUUAGGGGUUACCCCCCAUUUUGUUUCUACCCAUAUUUAUAUCUAGGCUCUCCUUUUUUCUUUUUUAGUUACUCAUCUCACACUCAUACUCAUAGGAGCUCUGCAUUUAACAUCCUGCAGCAAAUCCACCAACCCUCACCACUUCCCACCCAUUAACCCAGGUUCCCUCUAAAUAUAUAGCAUGCUCCUCCAGCUGUUUGAGAUCCUCCCUCAAUUACCUCUCCAUUCCCUUUAUAUUUUACCAAUAGCUGCUUCUCUUUGUUAAGUCUUUUUUAGCCAUCACCUCCAAAUUUCCCCUGCUACCUCUUGUCUCAAAUCCCCAUUUUAUCCUUUAGAUUGUAAGCUCACGGGCUAUCUAGCUAAGUACUUUGUAUAAAAUACCUCCAAUGGCUAGUUAUCAGCUUAUGGGCAUGGCUCUUUCUACCUCUUGUAUUUGUCUGUGUAUAUUGUAUGUGCUUCACUGAGCGCUGCGGAAUCUGUUGGCGCUUUAUAAAUAACAGUAAUAAUAAUAAUAAUGGUGUGCAUUUCUGCAACCACUUGUCAGGAAUGGGUAAUUUCCUCCUGGAGAAGAUAUUUUGGUGUCCUGAAGAUAUUUGAUAUCCUUUGUAAAAUUAGAGUUGAAUAUGAAUAUAUACACAUUUAAAGUGACAAUAAACUAGAGAGCCGUUAUUUCUGCCUGGAUAGUAAAUCCAUCAGAACCAACCUCUGCUGACGCCAGAGUGAUUUGGACAGCAGCCAGAGCUCUGUGACUCAAAGCUCCCUCUUAGUGCCAGUGAAAGCUUAGUCUAUCGCCCACCACAUAUUUCAGAUGACGCAGAUCAUGAUGAUAAUACCAGAUUUUUUUUUUGUAAACCUUGCCAUACUAAUGCAUCUUUUACUGUUGCAUGAAUGUAUGUCUCGGGGGUCAUUUGUUCUGUUAGUAACACUGUAACUCAAUAUUACAAGUUGAAAACAUAUGUACUCUAGUAUCUAACCAGCAUACUGUCCUUGUUUAUGAGCCAAGAGACACAAACAUGCAGAUACAGAAUUUCUUACUAAAUAAAAAAAACUUUUCAUUAAAAUUUUAACCUUUUUAUCCCUUAAAUUCCAAUAAAUUGAAUGAAUUGCUCAAAUGUUUAGUGCUCAAAUGGUUAAAACAACAGAUUAUAGAACAUGCUUUUCUUCUGACCUGCAGGAUUAGAAAUUGUGAUUCAUCUUACAUUUCUUGGCUGACAGAUGGUCAUUCAAAUCCAAGCUACUGUUAGUGUUAUUCUUUGAGGCAUUCUGUACCAAACAACUGGCUAAUCCACACAAUGCCAAACACAAACAUAUAGUAUGGGAAUUAUAAUCUGGCUCAGAUAGAGGAAUCACUGAUACUUUCAUUAUUUUAAAAACAUUUAGAGGAUAUAAUCAGAGCUGGGGGGUAGUGCAUGCAUGAAAAUGUAUUUUCUUGCUUUAUUCCCACAAUCCCUGGGUUAAUGUCUGUUUGCAAUUCUGCAUGUAAGUAAGCAAACUUACUUCCAGUAGAAGCUACUAUUGUUUAAAGAUUGUGGGACACUGCCCUCUCGACUUGUUGGGCUUUGAGCCCUGGCCACUUAAAGGACCACUCUAGGCACCCAGACCACUUCAGCUUAAUGAAGUGGUCUGAGUGCCUGGUCCAGCUAGGGUUAACCCAUUUUUUUUUCUAAACAUAGCAGUUUCAGAGAAACUGCUAUGUUUAUGAAUGGGUUAAGCCUUCCCCUAUUUCCUCUAGUGGCUGUCUCAUUGACAGCCACUAGAGGCGCUUGCGUGCAUCUCACUGUGAUUUUCACAGUGAGAGCACGCCAGCGUCCAUAGGAAAGCAUUAUGAAUGCUUUCCUAUGUGACCGGCUGAAUGCGCGCGCAGCUCUUGCCGCGCAUGUGCAUUCAGCCGACGGGGAGGAGAAGAGGAGGAUCGGAGGAGGAGAGCUCCCCGCUCAGCGCUGGAAAAAGGUACGUUUUUACCCCUUUCCCCCUUCCAGAGCCGGGCGGGAGGGGGUCCCUGAGGGUGGGGCACCCUCAGGGCACUAUAGUGCCAGGAAAAUGAGUAUGUUUUCCUGGCACUAUGGUGGUCCUUUAACCCCAUGUACUAAACCUCUGGCACACUGAGACAUCAUGGCCUGUAUAACAUCAUAAAUAUAUAGUUAUGUAUUUGGGAAUCAACAACCAUUUAAAGAGGUCCAACUUCACCUAUUGACAGGACAAUGCUUAAUCCUGUCUUAUGGUGUAUUCAAUAAUUUGACAUCCAAACUCAAAGCCAAUGGCUGAUGUCAGAAAAUUGAGCAUGUCUGAGGGUCCUAUACCCAGAAAUAGUUGUUGCUUUUUUCUUUUAAAAAAUGUCACAAAAUCCUCACACUAUUAAUUUCUGAGCAUCUUAGCAGUAUCUCCAGACUUCAGUAAAAGAUGUUAUGGACAUUUCAGGGAUAAUCAUGACACAUUUCAAAUGUUGUUAUUUUUCUGACACACACUUAUCAUUAGUCCUUACCAUGCCAAUAUAUUAGAUUUAUAUUUAUUUAUUUUUGCAAUAAAAAAAUGGGGGUGGAGGUGCAUUGCUUAAUAUCCUAUUAUGCACAAGCUUCCUCUGGCUCUGACUAUUGAGUGGCUACCUCUGUAUUGUACCCAACUCUAUAUAUAGUACGGGUAUUAGAAUUGUGCACAGCGAGAAGAUUUGACUCAACUGAUCCAUUUUUCGAAAUAGAACAAAAUAGAAUUUCACCCAAAACUCGGUUUGGCUUGGUAGAAUUUCGGUACCGAAAACCCAACUUGGCAACUGAAUUAGACACAAUAAAAGGGAAGGAAAAUGGGCCAAUCAGUGUAUUAUAAAUAUAUAUAAUAUUGUAUUAUGUAUAUAUUUUGCAUUAAACUGAUAGGAGCAUUUUCAAUCAUUUUCUAAGAACUGCUAUUUAGAUCAUACAUCAAGUGAGAAAAUAUAACCAAUAGAAGGAAAAACAGGAGCAGGAGGAUAAAAUCUAUAUUGAUGUAAAAUAUGUGUAUUAAAUAUAUAAAUAUAGAUUGUUUCCAUCUAUUGUUCACUUCUGACUUGAGCCGCAACUAAAAUACAUUUUUAAUGACUGUCCUAGCCAUCCAUCGCCUUUUUUUUCUAUCACUUUUUAUUAAUUUUUUGGUGCACAGACUGAAUUCAGAAUCAUGAUCUGAAACGAACAUUCUCAACAAAUGUGUGUUUCAGUUGGCCUGUGAUUCGGGUUCAUUUCAGCUUGGAGCCCAGGAUUUGACUGAUUACCCGAUCGACCCCAUUUUAGAUGAAAUGCAGUUUGGACCAAAACAAAUCUGCAAGUCUUUAAUGCACUCAGCUCUUUGUAUUCUAUAGGUAUCUCUGUGUUGUACCUGGCUCUGUGUAGAGAAUGGGUAUCUCUGUAAUGUGUCUACCUAUUCUAUGAAUAUUUCUGUUUUAUACCUAGCACUAAGUAUUGUAUGGGUAUCUCUGAAUUGCAUGCAGCUUUGUGUAUUAAAUGGGUACUACGUCACUAUGUCAGUUAGAGAACAUAGGGUUAAAUGAGCAGAACCCACCUGGUCAGAAAAUGGUGGCUAUAGAGUUAACAUGUUCAAGAUGGGACUGGUGUAUACACAAUUCCCAGGUCAUGUUUUAUAUGUGUAUAUACAAUUUCAACAAUUGCAAAAGAAGUUAAUUUAUUGCAGUCAACUUUCAUUUACAAUUGCUACCCAGACAUCAGAGACAGGGCUAUCGUUAUAGCAAUUGCUCUGAUGAGCACACCUGCAGCUGCAUGAGGCAGUGGUAAAUCCACACAUUUACCUGCCUAGCCCUGCACUGUUCAUUGUUCAGGUCUGUUGGGUACAUAGCGCUGCUAAUGAUCCCUUCAGGCCACCAAAAGGGUGCAUUCAGAGGAGUCUGCACUUAGCCAGAUCUAUAGACAUGCAGCAUAGCCCACUGAACCACCAUGUUUUUUUUUAUACCAUGUGUGAGGAGGCUAGACACAGAAAUACAGCCUGCCCACGCAGUACCCUUCACAGUAACCCCACAGCCCUCUUAUAGUCAUCCCCCGAGCGCCUUUACAGUCACCCUAUAAAUAGUCACCCCACAUCCCUUCAUAGUUACCCCUAAAGACAUCAGAACUCCUGGCAUACUGGCAUUAAAAUAAGCGUCAAAUGACCCCCUCCACCCCUGGCUCCUGAGGUCCGAUCGGCUGGGCUGAAGCUCCAAUGCAGUGUUCAGCUUGGGUGCUCCUAGUGGGCCUCAAGGCACUUGUCAAGGACAUCUCCCCCUCCAAUUCUAUAAGCCCCAGUGUGGACCGGUAUAAUCCUCACUGGUCCAAAAGGGGUGAAGCCAUGGGUGUCCGCAGGAAUUUUUCCAGGGGGGGUGGCAUAAUUGUAAUGUCAUCCAUGCUCUGCCUCUUUUUGCAGGGCUGGACUAGGGAUACAAAGCAGCUAUGGAAAAAAUGUAUGCCAGCCCCAUAAGUCAUUGUGCCAUGUAGUGUGUGUGUGUGUAUAUAUUAUUGGUGUUUUUUUUUCAAAUUCAAAAUAUUGGUUCUGUCAGUGUAAAAAAAUUAAUUACACAGUAAGCAUACUCACAUGCAGACACAGACAAUCUCACUGACACAAGUACAAAAGCUCAUCGAUACAAAGGCUCGCAGACAAACAAUCACAUUGAUUCACAUAAGAUCAUUGACAUAAAACAUAAACUCACUGAUACACACAAAUAGGUUCAAUAACAGACAAUCUCGCUGACACACACACACACACAAACUUAGUACAAACUCUGACACUCACACAAGAUUACUACAGACAAACUCAUUGGUAUACAAACACAAACUUACUACAGACAAGUUUACUGUUGCACACACAUGUUCAUUAAAGACAAGCUCACUGACAUACACAUGCUUACUACAGACAAGUUUACAGUCACACACAUGCUUACUACAGACAAGCUCACUGACACACACACAUGAUCACUACAGACAAGCUCACUGACACACACAUGAUCACUACAGACAAGCUCCCUGACACACAUACACUUGCUCACUACAGACAAUGUUCACUACAGACAAGCUCACUGAUACACACAUGGUCACUACAAACUCACUGACACACACAUGUGCUCACUACAGAAAAGCUUGCUGACACACAUGCUUACUGCAGAAUAGCUUGCUGACACACACAAGCUCACUUAAACAUAAGCUCACUAACACAUACAUGCUCCCUACAGAAAAGCUCACUGACACACAUACACAUGCUCACUGCAGAAAAGCUCACUGACACACAUGCUUAUUAGACACAAACUCACAGACACACACAAGCUCACUACAGACAAGCUCACUGACAUACACACAAGUUAAUUGACACACAUACACAUGCUCCUUACAGGCAAACUCACUCACUCAUACAUGUUCACUACAGACAAACUCACUGACAUACACGCAAGCUCACAACAGACACACACACUCACACACACACACAAGCUCACUGACACACAUACACAUGCUCACUACAGACAAGCUCACUGACCCACACAUGCUCACUACAAACUCACUGACACACACACAAGUUCCCUAAAGACAAGUUCAUUGUCACAUACAUGCUCACUACAGACAAGCUCACUGACACACAAAUACUCACUACAGAAAAGCUCAACGGCACACAAGCUCUAUUACAGACAAGCUCACUGACACAUAUACACAUGCUCACUAUAGACACGCUCACUGACACACACAUGCUCACUACAGAAAAUCUAGCUGACACACACAAGCUCGGUUACACGUAAGCUCACUGACAAACACACACACACACACAAGCUCACUGACACACAUACACAUGCUCACUACAGACAAGCUCAUUGACACACACAUGGUCACUACAAACUCACUCACACAUACACAGACAAGCUCACUAACACACACACAAGCUCACUCACUAUGAGGCACACACACACACAGACAACCUCACUGACACACACACACAUACAGGCUCACUCACUAUCAGGCACACACAAUAAUUGUCAUGGGCUGAAGCUUACCUGUCAAAGAAGGCUGUGGAAGACUGGCAGGUGGUUUCCAUGUUCUGUCCUCCUCCUUCGUCAGCAGCCUGAGUGUGGGUGCGGAGCUUAUGAGGAGGUGGGGCUUGAGUGUAAUGCCUCGAUUUGGGCAGACCGAUUAUGGAGCGAUUUAAGUGAGGUGUCCCCUGCUGCACUAAAGCCCUCUCUGGAGGUGUAACACGCGACUGAGAUAGGGAAUCAUUCGCACCAGGAAUAUCCACAAUUUAUUGGUACCAGCCGCAGUAGCACUAGGGGCACAAAUCAGUCUGCUUGCUAGUAAGGCCCACUUGUUUACUGCAUUCUAUUACAUAUAUUUGAUCGCUUACAUUUUUUAUUUAACAAAGUAUUUAAGCACAAUUUUUAUUUUGGCUGGGCUAUAAGUGACCAUAAAUUUUAUUUAAUCUUAAACUGCUCAAAAAUGGUUUAACACUGAAUAGAAGUAUAGUUUUAGAGGACUCCAGGCACUAUAACCAAUUCAAUAAGAUCAAGAUUAUAGUACUUACAGUAUUCCUUUAAUGGGAGAUGCUAAAGACUCAUAACAUCUAGUUUCCUGGUUUUUAGAGGGUAAAAAUGACCACCUGUCACAGAUUCUUGACACUGCUGCUGGUUAUAUUUAACAAUAGUGGGGAGAGAUACAGCGCUGACUCUGGUUAUAUUGACCCUUUCACUGUAAUUUCUCUCUGUUCUGGCUGUAGCUCGUGCUGAAAGAAAUGUAUUAGCAAUAAAAGAAACCAGUAUUUCAAAUCAUUCCCUACCUACCCAUGUGAUUUCCAUUAGUAAUUAAAGGAACACUAUGAUGAUUUAUUUGAGCUAUUUGGACAGAAGGGCCUGUAGUAGAGGAAUUUAAACCCUGAAGUCUUCAAACUACAGGAACAGAUCAUUGAGAUAUGGUAGUCUGGGUGUCUAUUCUGUCCCUUUAAGUUUAUUGGCAGAAACAGCAUUAUUUUCAUUAUAUUUUUAUAAACACACAAGCAAUGCUUUAAGUGCAUUAUCAAAGUGCUCAACUCUUAUUAUAAUGCUGUCCAUUUCAUUUUAUCCUGUAUUUAUAACCAUGUAAGUGUUAAUAUGUAUAUGACCAUAGUCACUUGCAAACAAGUUAAGUGUUUUUAAAAAAAAUAUUGACAUAACAAAGAAUGAUCUAUAUUCCUAAAAAAUGGUCACUUUAUUACUAAACAGUAAUUUAUUUGAAGCAGAGUUAUCUAAUUAAAUGAACCAACUUAUUUUUAAAUGUAAUUUUGUAAUGAUCUUCCACCUUUCUUUAAAAUAGUUACAUUUUAAUUAUUGCAAAUGCACAUAUUUAAAAUAAAGUGAUAAAAUUGUAUAUCGACUUAUAUUUUGUUGUUUUCUAUCAUUAAGGUCCAGCAAUUCCUGUUGGGGUGGAUGUGCAAGUUGAAAGCUUAGAUAGUAUUUCAGAGGUUGAUAUGGUAAGUAAUGACCAACCAACACAUUUACAACACAAUUGCGUUGAAAGUCUUUGUCAAGAAAGAGUAAUAGAAAUCAGAAAGUAGUUAGAUAGUUACAUAGUUACAUAGGCUGAAAAGAGAAAUGUGUCCAUCAAGUUCAGCCUUCCUCACAUCUGGUUUUUGCUGUUGAUCCAAAGAAGGCAAAAAAAAAUCCUUGGAUCAAGUAGCUAUUACCCUACAGUUGAAAAAGUAUAUAAUUGAAUAUUAUGUUUUUCCAAGUAUGCAUCUAGUUGCUGUUUAAACAUCUGUAUAGAUUCUGAUAAAACUACUUUUUCAGGCAGGAAUUCCAAAUCCUUAUUGUUCUCACGGUAAAAAAAAACCCUUUCCUUUGCCUUAGACUAAAUCUUCUAUUCUUCCAGUUUAAAAGCAUGACUUUGUAUCCUAUGUAUAAUCCUGUUUGUGAAUAGAUUUUUACACAAUGGUUUGUAUUGGCCCCGGAUAUAUUUGUAUAAUGUUAUCAUAUCCCCUCUGAGGCAACGUUUUUCUACUUUACCAAUGAUUUAUAAAGAGACAAAAUGAUAUUCUCAUCCUGAGAAUGAAUGCCCUUUUUCAUGCAUGACAAUACCUUACUGGCCUUAGCCACUGCUGAUUGAUAUUGCACAUUGUUGCAUAGUUUGUUAUCUAUAACAAUUCCCAAAUCCUUCUCGUGUGUAGUUAUCCCUAAUUCAUGUCCAUUUAGGGUAUAAGUUGCUUGUGUAUUCUUUAUGCCAAACUGCGUAACUUUGGAUUUUUCUACAUUAAAUUUCAUCUGCCAUUUGAGUUCCCAGUACCCAGUCUAUCUAAAUCCAUCUGCAGCAAAGUAAAAUCUUGCUCACAUUGUAUUAUUUUACAGAGUUUUGUGUCAUCUGCAAACACUGAAACAUGACUUUCAAUGCUUUUAUCAAGAUCAUUUAUAAACAUGUAAAAUAGAAGGGGUCCCAGAAAGUACUGAAAUAACUUACGUAAUCAAUAUCAAAAUACCACCAAAUGUUUCAAAAGACCCUGAUGUGAAACAAACACUUAUGUUCUCUGUUAUGAUAAAAUACUAAACCAUUAAAAGAUGUGUUUACUAUUUAAAUACAGGUAGUUCCCGACUUUACAAACUGUUUGGUUCCGAAGCCUAGUUCAUAAAGUGAGAGUUCAUAAAGUGAGAACUAAUUUCCCAUAGACACAAUGCAAUAAACACGGGUUCCGUUCCUGACCAAUAAAUUUUACCAUUGAAAACCUAAAUUAUUAAGUACAAAUACAAAAUGAAAGCAUAGCAAAUACAUGUAUGUUGUAGGAAUUUUAAAGGCAUGCAUACCAUAUCAUAAAUCCUCAUACUAUUCAAUGAAGAGACAUGCUGCACUUGUUAAAUGGGGGCACCUCUCUUAAACCCUCAUACUUAUUCAUUUUCUUCAUUAUCAGCUUCCCCCUCUACUUUAUCACUUUUCUUUUACUCCUUUUCUUUUUACAGCUCUCAAACUCCCCUCCUUCUCCUCUCUUACUUUCAAGCUUGCAUCUCUUUUUUAGAACUUUUCUGCUACUUCUUUUCUUUUUACAGCUCUCAAACUUGUUUCCCUCUCCACCCUUUUCAGGCUUUUUAGCCCUCCUCCUGCUCCUUACUAUUGCUGCCUCCCAAAACAUGGCACAAUGGCAAAUACACAUACACACAGACAGCUAUGUCAGAUACACACAGACAAAUCAGGUCAAAUCUAUACUCAAUAGCACACAGUGCAAUAAUAUUACAGGAUCUGUAAUGUAUGCCCAUGAAAGCACAAAAAGAAUACAGUACAAUCUAAACCUGUUUUUUAGACUUCCCUUUGUCUUCGGGAACUGUGUUCCUGAUCCUCAUCUCUCUUCUUGUCUACUCCUGACCACAAAUACUUCUUCUCUUCCUUUUUGUGCUCCAAAGCACUCUUCUCAGUCCUUAUCCGUGGACCACUGACACAAAAUGGCGGUGAAACAAAAUGGCGGCACAUCCAGAAAAAAUUUCAUAAAGGCGGGAGUUCAUAAAGUGAGAAAUUCCUGUACUCUAAUAGAAGAAAUCUAAUAUAAUGUUCAAACCAGUGUCAAGAACAAUAGCCAAAUGUUAAUAAAUAGUCAUAUUAAAUGUAACUGAGGAAACUGUUAUCAGACAUUUUAGGUUCAGAAAUAAUUUCUAAAACAUUGGUUCUGCAAAUAUUAUUUUCCUAAUACAUUCUGAUUUCCAUUAAAGGAGCACCUUUAAGUUAGUCAAAUGUAUUUAUUUUUAACUGUUGACUGAUCCUUAAAGGGUUACUCCAAGCAUUGAUUUGAAGAGGUCAAAUUGCCUGGAGUCUUUAGUCCAGGUCUGGGAGGAGAUGCCUCAGGAGACCAUCCACCACCUCAUCAGGAGCAUACACAGGCGUUGAAGGGAGGUCAUACAGGCACGUGGAGGCCACACACACUACUGAGCCUCAUUUUGACUUGUUUUAAGGACAUUACAUAAAAGUUGGAUCAGCCUGUAGUGUGUUUUUCCACUUUAAUUUUGAGUUUAACUCCAAAUCCAGACCACCAUGGGUUGAAAAAUGUGAUUUCCAUUUGUUUAUUUUUGUGUGAUUUUGUUGUCAGCACAUUCAUCUAUGUAAAGAACAAAGUAUUUCAGAAGAAUAUUUAAUUCAUUCAGUUCUAGGAUGUGUUAUUUUUGUGUUCCCUUUAUUUUUUUGAGCAAUGUAUAUACACAUACACACAUAUAUACAUUUUACACAUAACAGGUAAUAAAUAUAGUCAACCAUGACAGGUGCAUUCUGUUUUGAGGUAUAUUGCCUUAGAUUUAUAGAUUUUAGAUUGAAUAAGGAUACAUAUAAUAAACAAUGCCCUAUUUGGUAUAUACAAAGUUAUUUAUUACAGUGAAUUUCAAACUUAAGCUCAGAGUAGAUGAAUGAAAAGCAUGGCAGACUUAGAGCAUAUUCCCAGUUUGGCUAUUUUGACCUUAAAUUUGCAAUUUAGUUUGAAUUUACCUUAAAUUCUCAUUUUAGUGUAUAAGCAUAACAGAAUUAAAUUUAAAAUAUCUCAUAUUAAAUCAUUAUAUUAAACAAACCACUAUAUAGCUAGGUAUACAUACCUAAUGCUAAAAGAAAGACCCUUCUGUCCUUUAAAAACAAUAUAUAAUACAUAAAUCCUUAAAUUAACUUUCCACUUACUUUUCAUCAUUCCCAGUUCAGCUUCUACAGUACCCUUGCUGUUCCAUUGUUAAAUGAACACUCCACUAACCAGGGCUCGAGUCCUGCAGGAAUGCGUGGGAAUGCUUCUCCCCCUGCAGGCACUAACCGGGGGGCGGCAAAAAAUGCUGCCCCCAAAUGCCCUGUGUUCCCCCUGUCAUGGGGGGCCACCUGAUGGACCCCCCCAGCAGGCGGCUGUCACACGCAACGAGGGAGCUGUGUUCUCUCUGCUCUGCUCCCUCGCGCGCCGUUUCCUGAUGCCGGGAGCCGGUAUAAGACGUCAUAUUCCGGCUCCCAGCAUCAGUACACAGCCUGCACGAGGGAGCAGAGAGAACACAGCUCCCGAGCCACAUCUGACAGGGAAACAGCCGCCUGCCUCACUGCAGCCCUACUGGACCCCAGGGACCCAUCCAUGCCAGUUUUCCCAAAAAGUAGUUAGGCUGGGUGGGUGGGAAAUGUUAAUUUUAAUAAUAUUAAUAAUUUGUAUAAUGUCUGUUUGUGUGUGUGUGUGUGUAUGUCAGUGUGUGUGUAUGUCUGUUAGUGUAUGUAUGUAUGUAUGUCUGUUAGUGUGUGUGUGUAUGUAUGUGUGUGUAUGUCUGUUAGUGUAUCUGUGUCUGCUAGUGUAUGUGUGUGUUUGUGUCAGUGUAUGUGUAUGAGUGUAUCUACCAGACAGCCAUUAGAAGGUCUUUCGGGUGGUUAGGUGACCAAAAGUCGCCUAAUUGAUGAUGCUGGACUUCCUCACCCUGUGCAUGAGGACAUCCAGCAUCUGCUAACUACCCAUAGGAUUUUAACCCCUUCAGUGUCGAGUGGUGGAGGGAAGGACACGAGGGAGGGGGGCACUAUAGGGAAUUAUAGUGCCAGGAAAACAGCUUUGUUUUUCUGGCACUAUAGUAUUUCUUUAAAAGGAGCAGGAAAAUGUGGAGUCUAAAGAGGAAGGAGUGGGCUCUUAUUCAGGAAGCGGUGCGCCCUUGACAGGAAGGGGUGGGAAAUUUAAAUUUGGGGGAUGCCUGGUAUAGUCAUGCCUAGGGAAGCACAAAAUAAAAUACACCACUGUGUGAGUGUCUGAGUAUGUGUGUACGUCUGAGUGUAUGUGUGUGUCUGUGAGUGUAUGUGUGCACUCGAUUAUAUAUGCAUACAAGUGUUUUGGGGGGGGAUCUUGGGUGAGUUCCCACAAUUUUUUCCCCAGGACUUGACCCCUGCCACCAACCUUUAGUAGAUAUACCACCAAUGAAAACAUGCAUGCAUUGUAUUAUGCAUUUUUGUAUUUAGGAUAUAUCUAAAAACAACUUGCAAACGAACCAUAUAGUCCCAAACAGAGCCUGUUUUCAAGUAUAUUAACCAGUUCUAUUGCAGAGGCCAUAGUCACAGGGUAAAAGGCGGGCAAGUAGUCCCUCCAAAACCCAGUGGCGAAGUCUCUUUCGUCACACUAUUGAAAUUUGGAUUUUUUUUGUCAAAUGAACAGACACAGCACUCUUCACACAUUAAGCAUUUCAACACGCUAAGUUGUUAUCGAUGUUUGGUUUUAUUAAUCUUUGAAAUGUUUUAUCAAACCUUUAUUAUCCAUUGCAUACCAAAACGCUGUAAAUAAAAAUCAGGCACAUUUAUAUUCAUUGUUGUUGAUAUUUUUUUGUCUUAAUUUUUCAGGACUUUACUAUGACUCUGUACCUCAGGCAUUAUUGGAAAGAUGAGAGAUUAUCUUUUCCCAGCUCAAAUAAUCAAAGUAUGACCUUUGAUGGGCGAUUGGUUAAAAAAAUUUGGGUUCCCGACAUGUUUUUUGUCCAUUCCAAGAGAUCCUUUAUUCAUGAUACAACCACCGAUAACAUUAUGCUACGGGUGCAACCAGAUGGGAAAGUUCUGUACAGUCUAAGGUAACUUUUUGUGCGUAAAUAGUUUUGUGGCAUGAUUUUUCUAUUAAGAGAAACGGCUGCCAGCCUUUAAGCCUUUAAGCUGUGAUUUUUCUGUUUGCAAUAACUAAGGCCAGCAUGAAAGCUGUGAUUUUUGUAAAAUAGAGCAGGUGUGGUUAGCCGUAGCCAGAGCAUUGCAUAACCCGAAGGGCAUGACAAGGUACUCAUAGUGCCUACUUCUACUGUAGUGUUAAAUGCCAUUUUCCACUCAUGAACUUCCUUAAUUCUUACCAAAUUUUACUCACUCAUGAGGUCAAGUUUAGUAAAUAUUUUAUCACCCUGGAGUCUGUCAAACAAUUUGGAGAUGAGGGGAAUGCGAUAGGCAUUUUUUAUGGUAAUCUUGUUUAAUGCCCUGUAAUCAAUGCAUGGGCGUAAUUCUCCAUCUUGUUUAGAUACAAAAAAGAACCCUGCACCAGCAGGUGAGGAUGACUUUCCUUACUUAUGGAAUCUUUGAUGUACUCAUCCAUGAUUCUACUUUCCUGUGGAGAUAAGGCAUAUACUGUCCCCUUAGGGAGCAUUGCGCCAGGUAGCAGAUCUUUGAAGCAAUCAUAUGAUAUGUGAGGAGGUAGAAUAUCAGUCUGAUUCUUACUGAAUACCUCCUUAACCUCCCAGCACUGUAUGGGAACUUUGGAGGACUGAAGCAUAGUAGUGGGCAACGUAACAAUGCCCACUCUCUUGGUAAUGGGUAACACACAUCUCUUUACCCCAUUUCAGUGUAUAGUCUUUACCUCAUUCCAGUAUUUCCCCUUUUGCUCAGUCAAUAUGAGGAUUGUGCUUAAUGAGCCAAGGAAAUCCCAAUAUGAUGGGACAAGAAGGAGAAGCAAUUAUCUGCAAUGUUAUGUUUUCCUUAUGUAAACCUCCUGAAAUGUUAAUAGGCAUGGUUUCCUGGGUAAUCAAGGGAUGAGAGAGAGUUCUCCCAUCAAUAGCCUCAAUGGCCAGAAGUGAUUAUCUCCCCUUGAUAGGUAUUAAGUGUUUUUUAACAAAAUGCAUGUCAAUAAAGUUUCCUGCUGCAUCUGAGUCCAUCAGGGCUUUGCAUGAAAAGCUUUUCUUGUUGCAAAGGGCAGUGAUGUCAAGGAAAAAUCUAUUUUGGUUAUUACUAGAGGACGUGUCCAUCACACCUAAGACCUGUCCCCUUAAGGUUCUUAGGUGUGGAAGUUUUCCGGAUGUAUGGGACAAGCACUUCUCAUAUGUCCUUUUUUACCGCAGUAUAAACACAGACCCUUCUUUCUCCUAUACUGUUUCUCUGCCUCUGACAGUCUAGUGACCCCUAACUGCAUAGGUUCGGGUUCAGACUGUACAGAGAGGUCAGGGAUAAUAGGUUUGGAGAAACGAGGUGCCAGUGACAUAGCCAUAUAGCUGGUUCUAUUUCUGGUAAUUUCCCUGGUCCUAAGUCUGUUUUUAAUCUGCAUCACAUAUGUGAUGCACUCAUUUAACCUCUUAGGUAGAUCAUUGGCAGCAAUUUCAUCAGGAAUUGCCUUAGAUAAUCCUUCUUUAAAUGCAGAGAUCAAACCGGUAUUAGUCCAGUCUACCUCAGAAGCCAAGGUGCAAAAUUCUAUGGCAUAAUCUGAGAUAGACCGGUUCCCUUGUUUGAUACACGUUAGGGCAGUGGAACCAUCAUUCUCCCUGCUUAAUGGUUCAAAUGUUAAUUUACAUUCUGCAAGGAAUUCCUGGUAGUUAUAAGCAAUACUCCUAUUAGUUUCCCAUAAUGGAUUGACCCAAGUUAAGGUUUUACCUUUAAGUUGGUUCAUCAUGUACCCAAUCUUAACUCUAUCCAUGGGAAAAGAUCCCGGUGAGGCCUUAAAGUGGUACUGAAUUUGAUUGAGAAAUCCUCCUCCCAUCAAAAUGCGGGGGAGGAGAUAGGGACAUAGUAGGUGCCUUAUAUACUAUGGGUGGAGGUAUAUAAGGCAGAGGUGAGAUAAUCGGAGGGACCUCAGGCUGUAAAUGAGCCAACCGAGCAAGAAGCGUACUGAAAGCCUGGGCAAACUGAUCCAUACAGUGAUCAUUCUCCUGUAGCUUUCGUUCGUAAGUUGCUAUGUGCUGACACAAUUCUGUGGGAUCUAUGGCCAUGUCGUAAUGUCAGGAUUACAGUUGAUCUAGCACACAGAACUGUGUCACACCUAGGACUAAGGGUAAUGUCUAACCAGACCUUAGAAUGGCCAGAUUUAAUGUACCUAAGAAAAGUCAAUAUACUAGCUGAGGUCAGGGACACAGAAUGGGACACAGCAAUAAGGGAAAGCCAAUAGUCAAGGAUACCAGAAGUCAGGGAAUUCAAAACAAAGCCAAAGUCAAUAAGCAGAAACACAUGAUCAGGAACGCACUCUCAAAUAACCAUCUAAGGGAAUCAAUGACAGGGCAAUGAGAAAAAGGAAAAAUUUGUUUAAAUAAGCCUCCUACAGAUUGGCUGUAACUGGCCUUUGACCCCAGAACGUGCAUGCAAGUCUUUUGCGUGACGUCACAUGCACAUUGACGUCGUCAUUACCAUGGGCGGAUGUUGGGCUAUAAUAUGGCGUGGAUUUGCAGAGGCCGGCAUCCAUCAACAUGUUGCAGGAGUCAGGUAUACUGGCGCAGGGCUGCUGAGCAGCACUUCCGUUAUUGUCAGGAAGACAAUUACUACCGCAGAUACCACAAGGUGAGGAUGAAUAUGUGACAAGUAGCUGUUAAGCCAUGGGGCCACUACUGCCAAAGUUGAGAAACAUAUAUGUUGCCUACUAAGCGCAACCAGAUAUCUUCCGUCUUGUAAUAGGAGGCCUUUAUGGUUGUUACAGCCACGUGGUGAGAGGCCUGCUGUUUGCAGCAAUAAUAGAGAAAUAAGGCCUACCUUCUGCCUGAACUGAGUAAAUAUCGAGUAUUUGUAAGGUUAAUGUGUGCUGUGCUCAACUGGGCAUAUGAGAGCACAGUAAUCAAGGCUUCAGGCCUCCACUGAUUUCCACCUCGAGUCAUCAAGAUGGCCUCUGCCCGCUCCAGGGGAUUUUACAUAACCAUGUGUGAUCAGAUAUUGGCCAACCUUGUAAAGCAUGAGAGUUGUAGAUCUAGAACAGUUGGAGAUCACUCUGUUGUCCACCUCAGAUCUAGGUCAACUUGCUAAUCUAAUCGAAUAGUUUUUUUUGUAUUAAAGACAGAUUCAUAUCAUAAGUUAAAGCAGAAAUAAUUUAUAUCAUCAUUUGAGUAUUUUAUUAAUAAAUAUACAUUCACAAGAUAAAAGGAAAAUAUAAAACUGUGGCUCAUAAAAUGUUUAAAAUAUAAAAAUUUUCUGAUUUCUAACAAACAAAUAAUGCACAAUUUCCCAUAGUGUAGUAUAAAUAAAGAAUUCUAUGAAAACCUUUGUUUUUUUGUUGCAUUGUUUUAUAAUUGUAAAUGUAUUGAGGAUAUGCUUAUUCUACUGCAGGGUUACAGUAACAGCGAUGUGCAAUAUGGACUUCAGUCGGUUUCCACUUGAUACACAAUCCUGCUCUUUAGAAAUUGAAAGCUGUAAGUAUUUAUUAUAUUUUACAGGUAGUAUCUUCAGAAAACAUUCACAAAAUAGGUCUUCUUUAUAUACACAUUACUGCAUGGCUUAAAGUUGUCACUUCUAUUGUUUAGGUAUGGAAAAUGAAAAUUAGAAAGUACAAAAUGUAGAUCACUUCCACUGGCACAAAGGGUAGACCUCAGACUCUCUGUAAUCAGGUUAUAUACAGAAUGAUAUGGUGUAAAUUAAAUAAACAAGACAGAAAUUAAUACCCUUUUGAAAAUAAUGCUCCCACUCGUGGAAAUUAGUCCAAAAGUGGGAAAGUAGUUAACAAGUGACUGUACACGGACUGUCACCUGCCUACACACGGACUGGUGCCUGACUGUACUCGGACGCGACCGUGUUGGCGUAGGGCAGGUGACCGUAGGACCAGAGUGUAUUCCUUGUAUGGAGUACUCGGGCUUCACUGGCACUCUCUGGCGGUGCACGGACUGUUCCCUGGGGUGUCCGUGUUGGUGUGGGGCAGGGGACUGGGGUUCCGGAGUGUGCUCUGGGCUCUGCGUGCGGGGCUGGUUCUGGAGCAGGCCAUUUGUUUGGCUGUGGCGGGUGCGGUGGGGGGUGGCUAGCGCGCCGGGCAGGCCACUCUGGGCCUGACCUUUCUGUUCAUGUUUGAUAUUUGUGUUGCCGGGCAGGUGUUGCAGCGUUGGGAUCUCGUGGUUGCUGUUGGUUGUUCUGUUCUGGACUGAGGCUGGGGGAGGGUGUGUUGACCGGCGGACUGUGGGUUGGUGCGCCGGGGUGUAUUGUGCUUUGCUGGAAUGUGUGUGCCUUUCUUUUUUUCUCAUCUUCUGUGUGUGCAUGUGUGUUCAGGGCCUCGUUGAAAUAGAAUGGAAUGGAGAUUGUGAAGAAAAAAAAAAGUGACAAAGCUGAAAAAUUAAAGGGAGCUAUGUAUAAAAAGUGUCACACAUUUUGAGACUGGAUUCCUGGCACUCUUAUUAUUUUUGUUCUUUUUUUAACCCCUUCAGGACCGCUGACGGUUCAGGACCGUCAGCGGUAAAACGUGCGUUUGGACCGCUGAUGGUCCUGAACCGUCAUAGCGAAAAACGGACUGCGGGAAGCGAUCAAAGAUCGCCACCGCCGGUAUAACACUGUAACUAUCUGCAAGACAUCCCAGGCAGAUAGUAACAGCCAAUUGCGGCGUGUGAUCGAUCAAAGAUCGCUCACAAUUUGCUGCUGUCAAAGUGGGUGUUACAAACACUCACUUUGACAGUGAUCUCUGCCCCUCUCUCCUAUGUAGCGUUUUGUGAGGCGAGAGAGACGGCGAUCGUGAUAGUUUGUUGCAGCAGUGUUCAGUGACCAUGAGAAAGUAUCAGUAUUUUAUUUAAAAAAUCACCUUUUAACCCCUUCCCUGCCAGAUUUGUUACAGCAGUGCAUUUGUACUGUCUGUACUUUUUUGUUUUGCCCUUAAAGGAUUCAAUCUGUUUUAAAAAUCUGUGUCUUGGUCUGUCUUAGUCAGUCAGUUUCCUUCCCCCAAAUCUCCUUUAGAUUUUUGUGACAGGAGUUAGUUUAGGGAUUUCUGUUUAGUCUGUUUUAGUAAAAAAAAAAAUGAAAAAAAAAAUGUGUGUGUUUGUAAUUUGUUUUAGUCGUGUGUAAAACAUGCAGCGUAUGUAUAACUUGCAGGAGGCAUAUGCCUUCUUGGCGUCAGACUCUGACGCCACUGACACUGUGUCAGAUUUUGACCCAGGUCAGUUUUCUGACACAUCUAGUCAAGACGACAUGUCAUCUGUGUGUGAGCCGGCUGAAGAAGGAAGCUGUGCUUCCUCUGCUACGCCGAAUGUGGAGGAGAACUGGGUACCUCCACAGUUAGCCGAGAACAACGUCCCCCCUUUUAGUGCCAACGCAGGCAUUAAUGUUAAUGUGGAUGGCUUCUCCCCCAAUGCACUAUGUAGAACUAUUUUUAGGGGAUACCAUCUGGGAGGAGAUUGCUACCCAGACUAACUUGUAUGCUACCUGUGACGAGAGCAAUCUCGCCACAUUGCAUUGGAGAAGCCUGGUUGCGUGCCUGCUGCCUUUAGACUAUCCAAACCGGUUUGCAUCAGGGUGUAUAAUAAGUACAUGGGGGGUGUUGAUUUGGCUGAUCAGCUGAUGCAGCCAUAUCUUAUUUUACGAAAAACCAAAGCAUGGUAUAAAAAGGUGGCUAUCUAUCUGAUGCAAAUAGCAACCCACAACUAAUUUUUGCUUUUUUUAAAAAAAAUAAUCCGGGAAAACCACCUUUCUCCAAUUUCAAUUGAAAAUAAUUUCUGACAAGUUCCAACAACGGUGCAAACUGAGUCCAGGCAUUUUAUUUUUAAGUUACCGCCAACUGCUAGAAAAAAAAACCCCCCAGAAACGUUGCCGGGUCUGUUUUAAAAACGGGAAAAGGACAGACACCCCUUUUCACUGUCCUGAUUGCCCUUCAAAACCAGGACUGUGUGUAGGAACAUGUUUCAAGCUGUACCACACACACAACAGUUGUAAGAAGUGUUCCUGAAUAUUUAUUUUAUUUUUUGUUUCUUUGGAAAGCAGCUAUUUUUUGUUAGCCAGUUUCCUUCCCCCAAAUCUCCAGUUAGAUUCUAUUUGCAGGAGUCAGUUUAAAGAUUGCUUCUAAAUGUACAUUUGCUACCUGCACAUUUGGUCUAACAAGUUUUCUGGCAGUAACACAUAACCAGCUGGCCAAAACCAGAUGACGUGUGCAGAAAAAACUGAAUAAAAAAAUUACCACUACACUUUCUUUGGGAGGCAAAAUGGUUGGGGGAAAGAAGUCAAAACACCCCAUCUUCUAUAACCUUUGAUGUCUACUUUAUAAGAAUAUAUACUAUAUAUACUUUCAUGAUGGUAACAUUAACUGGGGGGUGCAAAAAUAUGUCAAACUGAAGAUAGACCAAGCAUACCUAUAUAUCAAGUUUAAAAACUGACAUGUACAAGUUCUGAUUGUUGCCUUUUGGCCCCCAAACAACCCAGCAACCCUAUACAUGGUGGGUAUCACUGUACUUGGGAGAUGUUGCUGAACAUAUUGGGCAGUGUUUGGCAGUGACACAUAACAGGAUCUGUUAAUUCAUGCCUAAAGUACAAUGUGUGUGACAAAGAAACAAAAAAAAGAUUACUACCCAAAAGUUUGACAAAGGCUGGUGGUAGAAUUCAGUGCAUGAAAAGUGUUAAAAUACCACCAUUUAAAAUACCCUGGGUUGUCUACUUUUCAAAAAUAUAUGGUUUGAUGGGGGUAAAAUACAUUGGCUCAAAUGGGACAUGGACGCAGGUUGAUUAAAUUUCAAAAUUCCAAGAUGGGAAACUGAUAAGUGCACCUGCCAAACGUGGCCUUCUAGCCCCCAAAGAACCCAACAAGCCUAUGCAUGGGUGGUAUCACUGUAUUCAGGAGAUCUUGCUGAACACAUAUUGGGGUGUUGUUUGGCAGUGACACAUAACAUGAUCUGUUAAUUCAUGCCUAAAGUACAAUGUGUGUGAAAAAAACAGAAAAAAAAUUCUAACUCAAUGUUUAACAAAACCUGGUGGUAGAAUCAGUGCAUGGAAAGUGUUAAAAUACCACCAUUUGAAAUACCCUAGGGUGUCUACUUUUCAAAAAUAUAUGGUGUGAUGGGGGUAAAAUACAUUGGCCGGCUUCAAAAAUGUCCCAAAUAGGACAUGUAUGCAGGUUGACUACAUGUCAAAAUUCCAAGCUGGGAAACUGAUGUGAACACCUGCAAAAUGUGGCCUUUUAGUCCCCAAACAGCCCAACACACCUAUACAUGGGGGGUAUCUCUGUACUCGGGAGAUGUUACUUAACACAUAUUGGGGUGUUGUUUGGCAGUGACACCUAACAGAAUCUGUGAAUUUAUACCUGAAUUGCAAUGUAUGUGAAAAAAAAUAAAAAAAUAAACUACCAAUGCAAAGUUUGGCAAAGGUUUGUGGUAAAAUAGCUGCAUAGAAAGUAUCAAAAUAUUCUUAGAUGAAUACCCUGGGUUAUCUAGUUUAAUAAAAAUAUAUACAUGUGGGGUGUUUUUUGGAGAUUUAUGACAUAGCAGCGUUACAAUGUCACUAUUGAUACAUUUGAAACAGAAAUUUCCUACUUCUACUUAUAGCCCUAUAACUUGCAAAUAAAAGCAAAAAAACACGUAAACAUUGGGUGUUUUUAAACUCAGGACAAAAUUUUGAAUCUAUUUAGCAGUUUGUUUCAUUCGAUUUUGUAGAUCAGUAAAAGAUUUUUUUAAGUAGAAGACAAAAAACAUGUUUUAUUUUAAUUUUUCACCAUAUUUUAUUAUAUUUUUAAAAUUAAAUUAUAUGACAUGAUAAAAAUAAUAGUAUGUAAAGAAAGCCCUUUUUGUCCUGAAAAAAACAAUAUAUAAUUUGUAUCGGAACAGUAUCGGAACAGAAAAUUACACCUAAACACAAACACCACAAAAGUGUUUAAAUAGCUCUGGUCCUUAACGUACAAACAUCGCAAAAACAGUCCGGUCCUGAAGGGGUUAAGUUCACAAAUGUGUCGCUCCCAAAGUAUAAAAAAAAAAAGUGCACUUUUUUUUUACGACAACGUUUCAUUCCAAAGCUGUUUAUUGAGUGUAAAAAAUAACAGUAUAUAACAUACAAGAUCAUGCUAUCCGUGGGUCGGACACGCAGGUCCCGUUCGUGUGAGCGUUGCGAACAGUGCUUAUCAAGCAUUGAAUUGUACAAUUGUCCACAUUGCGUGGGUAACUUUAACAACAUAUGUAGUGUAUUACAAUUUUCAAUUGAGUGAGCUUCAGGUGUGUCUGACAUCCUGGGGUAUUUAAUUUAGCUGCUGAGCAUUUAGUCUACUAUCGGUCAGAUCCCAGCCCACUCAUCCGAGUAAGGGGUGAGCUGGUGUGAGAGUAUAGGGAGGGACAGAACAUAGGGAAGGUUGGGUGUGGGGGGAUAUAGCAGGGGGGAAUGAGGGAGGCGUGGGGUCCAGCCCCUCCGCCCAGAGUGUGUGGGGACUCCCAUCUUACGACAACGUUUCCACCAUUGCCAGAGAGGGGUAUUUGUAGCAGAUCCUUUUUUGUUUGUUUAUGGAACAAAAAUCCUUCAAAUUUUGAAUUUAUCUUUUUUCCCAGUAAUAUCGCUCAUUUGACUUAUUUUGUAAAAUCAUCAGAAGAAAAUGGAGCAAAAAGCUGAGAGAGCAAAAAAUAAUGGCAGAAAGAAAAAAACAGCCAUUUCUCAUUUCAAAUCAUUCACUUUGCUUGAAGAGAACAUUUGGAGUAACCUAUUUAAUGCAUUUAAAAAAAACAGAAAAAAAAAACAACUGUUACGUGUAGAAUCUUUGGACAACCCUGUUGCUAGCUAAAGGUUAGCUAUAAGUUGUGUUAUUCAUUUUUUAUUUACAUUGUAUAUCAUGGCUGUCCUUGCACAGUAACCUUUUCCCUGAUGGCGAAGAUUGCAAAGAAGUCCCAUACCCAUAGACAGCCCUACGAGCGAAAGCUAACCAUCGUGUCUUAGCAUGUAUAGGAAUAUGUACCAUAGGAAGAUGCCAAAACAAACAUAAAAAAACCUUGCUGGUGUUUUUUUUAUACUACCAACUUGCACUCCUCCUUAUCACAGUAAACAAAUGAAUCUCAUUUAUUGGGUUGAGGGAAUUGGAAACUGUCACUUCCAAAGAAGUGAAUGUUCCUUUUCAAUUCUAUUUGUAUUUGUGUUGUCAUUUUGUAAACAAAAUAUCGAAAUAUCAAGAAAUCAAUCAAAAAGUCUAUUUGUUCUUGUGAAAACAGUUUAGGUGAACCCUUGUAAUUACUCAUUGUUACACAGCUUUGUGCUAAUGUCUUACCAAGGGGUUUCUGAGAACUACCAAUUCCAGAUCAAUAGAAUGAAUAAAAAAAAAUGCUUGUAGCUCAGUCUUUAACAGUAAGAUAUUAGGCAUACAGUAACAGUGGGCAGGAAUUAACAACCGACCAACUAGUUCAUGCUGUUAAUUUUAGGUGUCCUAAAGUCAAACAUAUUCCAUCUGGCCUGCAAUCGGCAACAUCAACGCGAACUAUGUAAAUAAAACAGAAACGUAGCUUUAAAUAAUUUUUGGUAAUUUGAAGUAAAAAAUACUCAAUAAGUUAAAUAUAAUUUUCUAAAAUGCUGUUGUUAUCGUUCUAUUCUUGUAUCCUUAGAUGCAUACACAGAAGAUGACCUUAUGCUAUACUGGAAGAAUGGCAAUGAUUCCUUAAAAACGGAUGAAAGGAUUUCAUUAUCCCAAUUCCUUAUUCAAAAGUUUCAUACCACUACAAGACUGGCUUUCUAUAGCAGCACAGGUAUAUCACACGCUACAGAUACAUCGUCAAUAUACUAAACUAGCGGUUCUCUUUUACUUGCCACUCACCAUCACCAUUACAAUCAUAUUCAAUGUUAUAUUAGAAAGCCUCAGCAAUCCUGGAGCAGUCAUUAAUUAAAACACUUUCUCAAUUUUGUUUCUCUAUACUUAAUCCUAUAUUGUAUUGACUUUACUAGAAAUUGCUUAUUCCAUAUCAGCCAUACCAGUACUACUCUUUUGUACUUUUCAAAAUUAUUUCUCUCUCUCGCUCUUAAUUUUAACAGAGAGCAAUUGGCUCCAAAAGGAUCUGACAGAAACCAUGAAAUGCUUCUGUCAGACCUUUUUGGAACUCCUAACAAUAACCAGUACAACGAGCUGUAUUAGUUAUGAUGCUUAAGGUGGUAUUAAAUGUUUUAUUUUUCCAUUUACAAUGUAGCAUUGGCUUCUUAUUUUGAACCACUAUUGGGCACUAAUACAGUUUUUUUUGUUUUGUUUUUUAAAUGCUAGGCGUUCCAAUGUGCAAAAAAAACAAACUUGUGAGCUAGCAUGAUAUUUAUAUACUUUUCUAGAUCUGACAUUAUUAUUUUAAAAAGUAAUAGAUGUAUCUCUGCAAUAAUUUAAAAUAUUUUUGUUGAAUUGCCAGACAAGGGUCUGAUUGAAUAAAUGAGUAGUGUUUAUUCACUAAUCAGCGCAUAGUGGUAAAUUCUAGCAUGAAAUUUGCAGGUUGAUUUCGAUUUACCACAAACCACUGUUUAGUGAAUAAAGCCUCUUUGAAUUAAGGAUGGCAUGAAGGUGCUUGAAAAAAAACAGUACAAAGCUCAAACUAUUGCUGUAAAUUCUUAAUACAGGAUGGUACAAUCGUCUCUACAUUAACUUCACUCUACGGCGCCACAUCUUUUUCUUCCUGCUGCAAACAUAUUUUCCUGCUACACUGAUGGUCAUGCUAUCCUGGGUAUCCUUCUGGAUUGAUCGGAGAGCAGUUCCUGCACGAGUUCCAUUAGGUAAAAGAAAAUUACAUUACAUUCACCUGUGAAGCUGUGAAGUCAUUUGUGGUGGGUGUGGAGACACUUUGUGUUCUUUGUCUUUAAUUAUUUAAAUUAAUACUUGCUCUUCCAGGUAUAACUACAGUUUUGACCAUGUCCACCAUCAUUACUGGAGUAAAUGCCUCCAUGCCAAGAGUUUCAUAUAUCAAAGCUGUGGACAUUUACCUCUGGGUUAGUUUCGUGUUUGUCUUCUUGUCGGUGUUGGAGUAUGCUGCUGUGAAUUAUCUGACCACGGUGCAGGAGAGGAAGGAAAGAAAACUCAGAGAGAAGGUAAGCUUGAAGAACAAUUAUGAGAAGAUUUAACGAGGAGAAGUCGAUAUUAUUAAUCCAUUUGUGUAGAUCUAUCACAUAUUUUUGCAUUUUUUUUUUGCACAAAUGUGGUGUGACGUGGAUUAACUAAAUAAUUUUGCACGUCACGUCAUUUUCAUAUUUUUGGAUAAACUUUCAAAUAAUUUUUGGACAACUCCUGCCACAACUUCAGGCUAACUUCUUUACAUUUGUGGUCGGAAGCCAUAGCCGAUCGUGAAUAAGUAUUAUUAUACUUUAAGUCGGUAGUGGUGUACUGAAACCAACGAGUGGUUAGGCCUGUAAACAAAGAGGGCAAAAAGAUAAGCCAUACUUAUUAAACCAGAAACGAUACUUACAAAGUCAUGUUAUUAAAACAUUUAAAUUUCCUUUCUGGAGGUGGUAUGCACCUGCAAUAAGUGGCUGAUUUCCAUUGGCCCAUUUCUUUGUUAUGUGAGUUGGAACCAUAAGACUUCCAGCAUAUGAAGCUGCUCCUAUGUGGAAAAAUGACCAGAGUAAUAGGUUGGACUAAACCCAACCUAACUAGCAGAGUUCGCAGGUACAGGAUGAACUUGUGUGUUAGCGGUUUACCAUGUAACUCGAGAAGCAUUUGACAAGUCUAUAAGUGAUGAGGUUUGUUUGUUGUUCGAAAGGUGCCCUGUCAAGUAGGUUUGAUAUGUCUCAAAAUUUAGAGCUGACAAUUGGCAAUCGCUGUGGGUUUUGAGAAAAGAUUAACUUCUACAGUACGCUCUUUAGGUAAAUUACAAGGAAUGUAAUAAGCAUAUGGUGUUGUAUACCUUGAAGGUAUUGUGUGUUAGUUUUAGAGAAAUGUGGCAAAAUGUAGCGAACGCAAGCAAUGAUUCAAUAGAAACUUGUUAUAAUCUGAAAGUCUGCCACAAAUUUGGAAAACAACUUGAACACUCUGUCGUAAGUUUCCCUGGUGUUAUCUGACAAGCCCAUUUGAGACAAGUUUUACUGUGCGCUAGGAGAGCCUCUAAUCCAGGAUUAGAUCUAUUCAAAUGAGGAGGCCUUGUCGUAUGUUUGUUUGCUCUGUGAUGAUGCUUGAAAAAACUCCUGAAAUUUGAAGCGGGAUAUUUCAUUAGCAGCCGUUUUAUGUACACCGAGAACAUACGUACAAGUGACAAAACUUGAUGAGUAAGAGCCCAAAGAAUACUAAAAAGCGGUAGAUCAGAUGCAACUGGGCUACAGGUCACAGAACCAGUGGCCUAAAAAGGCUGUAGAUCUUGUGUGGCAGCUGUAUUGGUUGUAUAACAGGGGAAUUAACAGACCGUGUGAAAUGGACGUGGCUUCCCAUUCUUAUAGGAAAGAAAACAAUUUUGACAACCUGGACAGGUCUGUUAGAACAGCCGUGACGAGCAUGGCAGGGUUAAUGUAGGCGGAUGACCAGGGAGUUAGGGGAGUAGUCCAAUUAUGUAAUCACGACCUCACAGUAACGAGACUCUGAAGAUAUCUGUGAUGACAGACCUUUGCCAGAGAUGGUCUCCAUGCUGCUUGGUACACCAGACCCUGCCUGGGUAGGCAGUCCUUUCCCAAAUGAGUUCAGCUAGGUACACAGCAAAUUGGGCUGCUGGAGGAGGCUACGGAAAAACUUGGGAUAUUUGAGUGCUCAGGGAAGGAAGUAGGGCCAUAUGUAUUGCGUGCUUUGGGGGAUAGUAAAUGGUACUUCCAAACUAAAUAUAACUCGAUUAGUAAAGGGGAAGGAUGAGUAAUAGAGAUAAAGGUCAGUUGUCGAAGUCAACUUCUGAAAGUCAUGGCCUGUGAAAAGGAAGGUAGAGCGCAUGAUUUGGUGUAGCAGAGAAACAGUGAGCGGAUGUGGCAUAAUCCACAAGCAACACUGCAAAUAUCAUCAUGUAUUGUUAGAGCUGCAUGCCUAAUCGUAGAACCUAAUAGGUCUUGUAACAGAGGUCCAUAUGUCCCUUAGGACGGUAGGAUGUGUGAGAUAGUGUAUUUAUAUAGACCAAGGUCAUAACCAGUUUGGGUAUGUACAUGAGUAUGUUCUAUGGCCCAUAGUGCAAAUUACUGAAUAGACCCUGUAGGGCAUCAGUCUACAACUGAUCUCGGUUAGGCAAUACUGAGGGACCAAACGGCUGCCUCUGCCUUCAGGUACGUCCUGUAAAUGGACAGGGAAGAACUGUGCCAGUGUACUGAUGUGAGAAAGGGAACAUGAGCUGGAUUGUAACGGGUAAUUUUAUAUUAGGGAAUGGAAAUAAGGGGGGACUCAAAGUAAGUGCUCCGUGGGAGGGUAGGAAACUAAUAAAUUAGGAGAUUUGACUUCUUUAGUUUAACGUGAAUCGUAUUAAAAGGUGAACAGAUGUCAGAUUUCACGGUUAUCAAUCUGGUAGGCUGUCUGCAAAUCUCGGGGUAGAUUAAUCAUGAAUCCUGUUCGUGGGUUAUGGCAGGGAAUGGUAUUCUUUAUGUCUGGACAUCCGCAAUUGGACUUGUCCAGGAUCGCACGGGACUGGCCAAGCGGUAUCAUGUUCUAGGUUCGAGUGUAUGAUUUGUCUGGGGUGGAGGGUUUGUUGAGGGAACUCAGGGGUGACAAACCUCCUUGCACCUAUGUAUGAGACGUAGUAUGAGGUGAUAAAUAACGUGUAAUUUAACAGUCGUGCCAUGAAAGUGUAACCCUGUAUCAACUGGCUUCUUACUUAGUGCCCAACUGGUGAAUAAAUUAGCUAAACCAGGAAUACGAGAGGCCUUACUAUUUUGCCAAGUGGCUUUAAGAGGCUCUAGACAUGAAUUGGGCCGAGGGAUGAGGCCACUGAACGGAGUGGCAGGAAUGUUGGUGUCUUGUGACAAGUAAGAGCUUCAAUGCAAGUGGCCGUGACCAGUGUGGCCCUGUCUAAUAACCUAUAGAGUUUGAAGCGAGGCUCUAAUUAUGAGUUGUGCCGAUGGGCUAAUACCUCCAUUUGAGGAUGGGAGUUGGCCUCAUGGGAUCGGAUUACCUUUAAACUAGAUUAUGGCCAGCACCAUUACCCUUCACAGUCGGUUGAUCUAUCCCAAAGGAGUGUAGGGGAAUAGGAGCGUAAUGAGUUGAUGGCUGGUAAAAGAACUAGAUACCUGGCCCAACUAGUGUGGAUGAGCUUGAGAAUGGACUCUUGUAGAGAGGAACCUAAUGACACACUUGGAAUGCUAAUGGGAAUGUGUCCAGUGUGGUGUAAGUGUAACUGGAGAUAAGGGCACAAUGUACCUGUUUUGAGUUUGUAAAAUAAGACAUCACCAACGGGGCGACUAGUAUAGAUAGUAGAAUCGAGCCAAUAAGGGAACAAAACUAUGUAUCUAACCUUAGUCCCAUCAACAUGAGGAUAGCGAAGAUAAUUAAAACAUGUUGUAUCUAGGUAUGAGUUCCCUCUGUGUGUCCUUCCAUAUGAAGGGCAAAAUAGUAUGAGAGAGUAUGUUAUACAACUAUAUUCCUAGUAAGAAACUAACUCUGAGACUGGCCUGGAAAAGUCCAGACAGUAAUAAGACAGGCAAUACUUAAUGCUGGGGGGUGGGGGACGGGGGAGCAACGGGAUGAUUGUAAUUUGAAAAGCUUCUUACCAUGUACCGGAAGAGGGGGCCCAGCAGGGGCGGGGUGGAUGGGAGGUGGGGCAGGGGAUGGAGGGGUGGAAAAUGUCAAGCGAAUUAAUGCACUGUUUAUGAUGGCUGCGAUGACACCACGCACCCAUGACCCACCAACCCAAGGUGACAGAGUACCACAGAUAUGGAAAGGCCCAGGCCAUUGGAAAGAUAGGCUGGCAAAAACCCAUCAGUGGGAGCCCCCGCCCUACCACCGAACUGCCCUAACCCAGACAGAUCUCACCUGCCCGGCCUGACGUGGCAGAGGCCCCCCCCUGGAAGCUCACAGCAGCGAAUAUUCCUCCGGGAGACAGCGGUUGUCACCACGGCCCAAACCGGCCCAUGACAUUGGGAGGACCACGACAUCCUAAGCCAACCAGACACCCAGCCGUGACCAUAGAGCAGACAAAACAAAAGAGACAGCGCCAAUGACUAGCAUAUACAUAAGUGGGGAUCGGACCUAACUCCUGAGCUGACACUACAUGACCAUCCUCAGACACCUGAGACCAGACAGGUACUCUUCACGCUGACCGCCUGACCGGUCCACCCCCAACAGGACCUGUGUUCUACCAAACUACUGGGGGAGACAGAUCCGCGGCUGUCCUAGGAAUCUAGAAGACGGUGCGGACCUGAUACUCGAUCCAGUCACACAGGUCACCCUCACUACGAGGGAUCUAGACGCCUUGGGGACCCCCGGCCCCGCCCGGACUUGGAAAACCCUCCCUCCCCCUCUUCCCUCCCUAACCCCCUUUGGCAACUGACACACUCGAACCCCAGGUGUCCUGAAGACCCUACACCAUGGCAUUCACAGAUGCCCCCUUCCAAAUCAUCACGCAGAACUGCAGAGGACUGAACGCCCCUGAGAAACGCACGCACCUCCUACGAGAACUGAAAAAGCAACACGUGUCCAUAGCACUGCUGCAAGAAACGCACCUGAGAGCGGCCGAAACGCAUCGAUUGACAGAUAGACGCUUCCCAGACAGCCUCCAACCUUCACUUCCACCGAAGCGACGCGCUGGCCGAUCCGAAUGGCAGAUACCUAUUCGUAAAGGGGACGAUAGCCCAGAAGACGUACACGUUCACUUCAAUCUACGCCCCAAACGCCAAACAAGCGAAAUUUCUCCGCAACACACUACUCAAGCUCGCCAACUUCACGGAAGGUGCCCUUGUGGUGGGGGGGGGACUUCAACACCCCACUAGAACCGAUCCUGGACUCCUCAACAGGACAUAGCAGCAUCCCACAAACAGCCAUUCGGAUGAUCCGAAGGACUCUACACGACCUGCGACUGGUGGACGUAUGGCGUAUCUUACACCCAGGAGACCGAGAUUACACGCAUUACUCGGCCAUGCACAACAGGCACGCUAGGAUAGACUACCUUUUUAUCCAACAAGAAGGACUGCAAGAACUACUGCAGACAGACAUCCGCCCCACUCCAUGGUCGGACCAUAGCGCAGUAUACAUGCGCAUGGAAUCACCCCUAUACAGACCUACCCGGACCGUAUGGCGCUUAAAUGAACUACUCCUCUCCGACGUAACGACGCAGGCACAACUAGUGGAACAACUGAAUAACUACUUCACUGAAAACGACACCUAAGAAAUCUCCGCACUGACUCUGUGGGAGGCCCACAAAAGCGUCCUCAGGGGGCUACUUAUCCGGAUAUCAGCGCAGAAAAAUAGAGAAGCACAACGACAAAUGACGGCACUAGCGGAACAGAUAGCAACGCUGGAAACGCUGCACAAGAGGACCCGACAAGAGGAGCAUUACCGCACUCUUUUGACCCUCAGACGGCAACUGUCGGACCUGAUAGCCCGUAAACACCACAGGUCGAUCCAGAGAUCGAAGGCCUUCUUCUACAUCCAUGCCAACAAGGGAGGAAAGCUACUAGCCCGCAUGUUGCGGAACCAACAAACAAGCGCACAGGUGAGCGCACUGCGAACAGCCAGGGGCACCACUACGCAAUUCCCUGAGGAGAUCGCUAACGAAUUCCGCUCGUACUACGAAGACUUGUAUAACAUACCGCCCGAAACCCCGGACGCGGACGAGAUCAGAACCGCAGGAGACAUCGCACGCUACCUCAGAGACUUCAACCCUGAAGCCCUAUCCCAGCAGGAAGCAGACGCCCUAGACGCCCCGAUAUCUACAGACGAGAUACUGGCAGUGAUAAAAACCACAAAAAAUGGGAAGGCACCGGGCCCGGACGGGUUCUCGGCAGGCUAUUAUAAAAAGUUCAGAGACAUCCUAGCCCCACGUAUUGCCAACGCCUGCAACCACCUCCGAGACGGGGGUAAAUUUCACAGAGAAUCCCUAGCAGCAAUAAUCACAGUGAUUCCCAAACCUGGCAAGAGCCCGGAAAUCUGUGGCAAUUACCGACCCAUAUCACUACUGAAUGUGGACGUGAAGAUCUUCUCCAAGGUGCUAGCUACGCGACUGCAACAAUUCUUGCCAAGGCUAGUCCACCCAGACCAGACGGGGUUCAUCCCGGGAAGAGAGGCCAGGGAUAGCACCCUGCGGGCGUUCACUAUACAAAGCCUGGCGCGUAGGGGAACAUCGGACUUCCUUAUGCUCUCCACGGACGCAGAAAAGGCGUUCGACUGGGUAAGGUGGAGCUUCAUGACGGCAGCGCUGACGGUGAUGGGUCUGGGGAACGGCAUACUCACCUGGAUAACGGCACUAUACACCGACCCAACUGCCAGAGUACGGGUAAAUGUAGCACUUACAGACAACUUUGACAUCAACAACGGAACCAGACAGGGAUGCCCGCUGUCCCCCCUCCUCUUCGCCCUCUCAUUAGAGCCGUUUCUAGACAAGAUCAGAAGGACACCAAAGAUCCAGGGAUUCAAACAGAAAGAUCAGACACACAAGGUGGCCGCAUACGCGGAUGAUAUGCUCUUCUUCGUCGCGGAACCUCAGGGCACACUGCCGGCCCUCCUACGGGAGUUCAAGCAAUAUGGGCAGAUAUCAGGACUCAAGCUAAAUCUAGCAAAAUGAGAAAUUCUGGCAAUACACACCGAAAGGAACGCGCAGGAGAGACUCCAACGCAAGUUCCCUUUCCACUGGUGCAAGGAGCAGAUGCGCUACCUAGGGAUUUGGCUCUGCCGUGACCCGGGCGAGACAUACGAUAGGAACUAUACACCCCUCCUACGCAACGUACUGACGGACCUGUCGAGAUGGUCGUACGAUCACAUAUCUUGGCAAGGCCGAAUAGCGGUGGUCAAAAUGAAUAUCCUCCCCCGCCUCCUCUACUGCUUCAGCACUAUUCCCUGGCACCUGCCACAGGACUUCUUCACCAAGCUCAAAACAGUGGUAACAAAAUAUGUCUGGAAGGAGGGGAGGCCACGGCUUAAACAUGACAGACUAUGCUUGCCAAAACCAUGGGGAGGCCUGGCCCUGCCUGACUUUCGGAAAUACUUCCACGCGACAGUACUCCAGAGAAUUCGAGAAUGGCACACGGCCCCCACCAACAAACUAUGGAUGAGGCUGGACAGGGAAAGCACAAACAGAGCACUCCACACAUACAUCUGGCACCGCCCGACAGGGGCUACACAAGCUCUGGGUACGGAAUCCCCAGUGACGCAGACGCUGAAAACCUGGUCCACCCUGCGAAGGGAAGCUCACAUCUCGCCACAGCCAAGCCCCCUGAUCCCCCUAACAUAUAACGUAACCAUAGGAGGGGGACUACACGCGAACGCGUGGCCAACACAUGGAGCAGAGGGAUAUGUACCCCUGAGUUCGGCCCUGACAAACGCCAGCCUGCGCAGCCUUCAAGACUAGGCGGACACAGAUCGUCUGACGAUAAUGCACAGUUUCCAUUACGCACAGCUGAGACACUUCUACCACAAUCUGCCCAACAGGGGAGCAGUACACAGAGAAUGGACCUGGUUUGAACACCUCUGCGAGAGCUAUGCAGAGGCAGAUGGCAGAGUAUCGGGCAUAUACCAACAACUGCUCACAGGGGAACUUUCCAGAAACAACGCCUUCCAGAGGCAGUGGGAGGAAUUGACAGACAGAACCUUCACAGACGCCCAAUGGGCGCAAAUUCUCAUAUUACAACACAAAAGCUCCAUAAGCACCAGGUACCAGGAGGUGAACUACAAGCUGAUCUCCCAGUGGUACAGAACACCAGCAAAACUACACAGGAUAUUCCCAGGGGUUCCAGAUACAUGCUGGAGAUGCGAAGCGCAGCCAGGCACACUACGCCACAUUUGGUGGGAUUGCCCUGGGAUCAAGCCAUUCUGGGAAGAGGUAAACCGGGAAAUCACUACAAUUCUAGGUGACCCACCAGACUUUAGCAUAGAGGCUGUGCUCCUACACUUCUCCACGGGACAGCUGGCACAAUACAAACGCUCAAUCCUACGACACCUGCUUAAUGCGGCCAAAGCACUGAUCCCAGCGAGAUGGAAGCAAACCCAGCCACCUUCCAAAACGGAAUGGCUGCAGAGAAUAGAAGAGAUCCACACAGCUGAGGCGAGAUACGCUGAAAUACUUGGAAGGAGGGACAAACAUCUUGAAAUGUGGACACCAUGGUACCUAUACACGUCACAAACAAGGACAGGGGAUGGGUCACCACAGGGAUCCUAGCCAGCUGGACCAACACGCGCAUCUUAACACAACCUCUCUCUCCCCCCCCCCCACCUCAACCAGACCUGCCCUGAUAGACUAACUCGGGAUAGACUCAUGCCACACCAUAACUAUGCCCCACACCUUCCAGACCUCCCACCCUUACACAUUCCCACCCAUCCCUAUCUCUUCCCCCUCUCUCCUUUUUCUUUCCCCGGGCGAGGUCGGGGACCGCCUGGCGCAACAGGGCCACAAUAUAUCUGAGCCCAAGAACGCACCACGAUUUCCCCAUGGGACGUGGGCCCAACGAGACAUCGCUCAAUAGACUCGGGGGGGUCCCAUGACGUGGGAACUCCUACAAUAAACAGCAAACAUAAGUCAACACUAGAUGACUGAUACAACUGAGCACUGAGACAUCACACCAUCCCCACCCGAGGGGGGAAACACUCCAGACACACCACAGAUACCACACGUGGAGAGCGACUGGAGCACGACAACGAUUACCGCCCACAAGUAAGCAAAACGACAGAGACAACUGACCACGCCGCUGGGCGCUCCCCCCCUCGGGAGGGGGGACGCGGACUCAGAACGAGAGGGUAGAUGACCCAGGAGAGAACCCGCAACAUACCUAGGCACCACCGAAGUUAAGGAAAAGACAACAGGAAAGGGAGUCCCAGACCAGGUGCAAGACUAUAGGACCCGAUCUCGCAAAACGACCCCUUUCUCACUCCCCAUGUUAGAGGACGUGACCUGGGACCUACCGCACUACUCACCAUUUGAUUGAGGUUCAACUAUAGAAUUGUUCCGCCCUCACUGGUGUGGGCCGGCAGCCAUCCGCUUCCGAUAACGCUCUAUAAAGAUCCACCUAAAACUGAUGGUACUCAUGUCAGACGCAAUUGGAGACCUGCGAGUCUCACUGACAAUAUAAGUUCUGCUAUCUGUUAUUGUCUGAACUGCUAAUAAAAACUUUAUUUACAAAAACAAAAAAAGAAACUAACUCUGGAGAUCCAGCAAGUGUCUGUGACUGUUGAGAAUGCUGACAAAGAGGGUUAUAGGAAGAAAAAUGAGUGGCCUAAUGAGGCCAUAGUCAUACGUAAUUGCUCGUAACGUAACGUAAUAUUUAACGUUUAAGAGACUGCCUAGUGAGGGCCGUAUGUAGCGACAUUGUUGGGCAGGCUGUAUGCCAAAAUAAACUUAUGCCAAAUGUAAAUCUUAUACCAUAUGUGAGUGCCCAAAUGAGCAGACGAAAAUUUGUGCUGUACUGAAUAGCACGUGGAGGGCCGAGGUAUGAUAGUGUUGUAGCACACCCUAGUAGGCUGGAAAUGACAUCAGAGCUGAGUUGCUGGAUAAUGGGCUGUAUGAGAUGUAACGAUUGUACGUGUCACAACGUAAGUGGCCUGGUUACACCGAACUACUGACAUUAUGCUGAAACACAAUGGCAAAAUAAGAGAUUUAAGGGUUACAUUCAUAAUGAGGGAUAAUGGACCCUCUGAGAGUAUGGCUUGGUGUAUGCCACUUAGGAAGGGUUGUGAGUGGAUUAGCAUGGUGCUCGUAUGCUGGUAGCAUAAGGAAUACAAAUGCAUAAAUGUCCAGAGGAUACAAAUCCAAUGGACACAAAGCGAGGUUGCUUGCAAAAUAUACAAUGAACAUAUGAAAAAAUAUAUAUUUAAAUAGAUUUUAUUUUAUUAAGUAUUUGGAGGAAAAGACAUAUAUAACAUAAACCCAUUAAAAAAGAGCCAUACACCUGUAAAGGCUCUAUAAUAAACAGGACACACUCUAAAGUAGACUGGAUAGAAUGUGGACUGAGGGUAAUGGUGGUGGAAGUUACAUACCCCAAAAAGAUUUUAUAUAUUGACUACACAGGAUCUCAUUUGGCUAUAAUGAAAAGGCAAUACAGAAGCCCUAUGAAUCAAUACCACUAUUACAGAUGUACAGUGUUGAAUGGACUAUACUCAUUGUGACUGUGACUUAGCUAUUAGUGAAAAGAUUUAGAUGUCAACUUCAAACCACUUAUGGCUAAAAUGAAAGGCAAUUUGAAGCCCUACAAGUCAACCCCACUAUUAUGAAUAAACAGGGAAAAAUGAAUUAUUUCUAAUUUAGCAAUAUAGCAACUCAGGCUGCUACCUGAGAGGAUGUCACUCUGGUAUAAAUUUAUAUGCCGUUUAUAUUGAACCAAUUAUGGCAAUAAACAGAGGCAAAAAAAGUCCUCCAAGAUAAAACCACUAUUAUGGAUAAACUGUAUUAAUCAAGUAUUAACAAUAUAACAAUGUAACAAUAAAAAUUGCUACAAGGAAAAGUUAUACAAGAUAGAUUGUAAAUACAAAGGGGGGAAGUAUAUAGCUUGCAGCAGCCUUCUAGGAACUAACUUAAAAAGAUAUUGACUUCAAGGUCACUGACUAAAAAAGUUCUAAGGCACAAUAGAGGGCUCGUUGCUGCUAAACACCAAACUAAGUAGAAAGCUAAUACUCCCUUAGAAUACCCCAUUACACCGAAAGAAUAUCCUCCAAUUACGUCCACAUAGCUACUGAAACUGGAGUCUUGAAUAAUGCCCCAUAAUAAAUAAGUACCCAUUGUGCAACAAAAGAAAAUGUGCUGUGACAAACAGAAAGUAAACCGACACUCGUUUCAGCACUACUAAAGUGCCUUCAUCCAAGGCAAUCAAGAAAGCGGCUCACCUGGUCCCCUUAUGUAAGAAUAAGGAAUAAUCAGUCAUGUUAUGUUUUGAUAACAACCAAUCAGAGUGUUGUUAGGAAUCAAAUUACACAGCAUGGGAAAAAUGACACAGAGCACUCUGAUUGGUUGGAUUCCAAUCCAACCAAUCAGAGUGCUGUGACAGGUAAAUUUAGAGACUUACCUGUCAGUCUCUUCAUUUACCUGUCAGAGCAUUCUGAUUAGUUGGCUUAAAUCAACCAAUCAGAGCGCUCUGAGCCUAAUUGCAGGGUGUGGGAAGGCUUUAUAAGCCUUCCCCGCCCUGCGGAGCUCAGUCUGUGUGGUGCCCCUCAUGGGUGAAGAUGGAUUAUUUUUUUGUGCUCAUGUUUUUUAUUUUAUUUUCAAAGUCCAACGGGUAUUAUGGACUUUUAUUUGGCCUUUUUUGGGGGCUGGAAAAAAAGAUUUUAGAAAAAAGAAGACAUCAAAUGGUAAGUUUUUUUUUUUAUUUACAGGGAUUUAGUUUUAAUGUCCCCCCCCCACACACUUUUAGGGUGAGGGGGGUAGGUAGGGGUUUAUUAAUUUUAGGGUGGGGGGGUGACUAGGGGCAUGGGGACCCCUAGUCACCUGGGGGGUCAACAUUUUUAUUUAGGGCUCUCACCCACCUCUUAGGGGUGGGGACCGCGGGGGAGGACAAUAGGUCCCCCUCUACCUUCCCCUUAUUUUCAUUUAGGGCCCCCACCUGCCGCUCCUCCCCCCACUGGUGAGAUGCCUCACCAUAAGGCCAUUUAUUGAGGGGUGGGGGGGUAUUUACAUUUUUUAACAGUAAGCAGCCACAGGCUGCACACUGUUUACUUGACAUGCCCCAUUAGCGGUAUAGCGAGUAGGGGCAGAAUUUACUAACACUAAGUAAUCUUUACUUAGUAUUAGUAAAUAUGACUUAAAGACCAAUCUUGGUCUUUCAUCCUUUUGGUAGAUAGCUCCCUGAUACCGUGGGAAUUAGGGAGUUAUCUACUAAGCAGCUGCAAGAUGCAGCAGCGGCACGAAUAGGAUCAGUGUUUCAUUCAUUAGAAUGAAAUUCCGAUCUGAACAAAGUCCCGAAUUUAAAAACUGUUCUCAUUCUGUUAAAGGACCACUAUAGUGUCAGGAAAACAUACUCGUUUUCCUGGCACUAUAGUGCCCUGAGGGUGCCCCCACCCUCAGGGUCCCCCUCCCGCCAGGCUGGAUGGAGAGGAAGGGGUUAAACUUACCUCUUUCUCCAACGCCGAGCGGGGAACUCUCCUCCUCCUCUUCUCCCUCUCUUCGGCUGAAUGCGCAUGCGCGGCAGGAGCCGCGCGCAUUCAGCCAGUCCAUAGGAAAGCAUUCACAAUGCUUUCCUAUGGACGCUGGCAUCUUCUCACUGUGAUUUUCACAGUGAGAAACGUAGAAGCGCCUCUAGCGGCUGUCAGUGAGACAGCCACUAGAGGCUGGAUUAACCCAAACAUAAACAUAGCAGUUUUUCUGAAACUGCUAUGUUUAUAGAAAAAAGGGUUAACCCUAGAUGGACCAGGCACCCAGACCACCUCAUUAAGCUGAAGUGGUCUGGGUGCCUAUAGUGGUUCUUUAAGACGAAAUUCGGUAGUUUCGCUGGCGUUCUGUCUAAUUGACAGGACGUCCGGGAAUACUGACAGGAAGCAUCGCGAGAUCACGGAUCAAAGGUGAGAAUUGUGGAAAAAUUGCUCUGACCACCGGAAAUAAAGCACACUUGCUCCUCGGUCGGUCAUGCGUAGGAAACCUCCAUAAGACAAAGUAGUCCCCAGUCCCUACUUUGUCUAAUGUUGUUUUAAAGAAAACUAGAGUAGACAGGAAGAAAUGAAGAACAGAUCAUGACAGAGGGAGAGAAGAGGAAUCGAUUAAAGAAAGGUAAGUUCAGCAUGACAAUGCUGCUUUAACUCCUUAAGGACCAAACGUCUGAAUUAAAAGGGAAUCAUGGCAUAGAAUUUUUUGCAACAUUGUAUAUAUUCCCUUGAGGCAUCAUUUCAUAGGUAUUACACUGCUUAGCAACUAAGCUAUUGGGUUCAACCUCUCUGUGAGUAUAUAUUUUUUUUUACUCACCACAACUAGCUGAUAACAGACGGAUUUACUUUAUACUUGUCUCUGUUUUACAAUAAACCUAGCCUUUUGCCUUUAUUACAAUAUUAUUUUUUCAGACAGCGACCUUGAAGUCGAUGCAGUGUUUAGCAAGUUCAAUGAAGGCUUAGCUAUAUAAUGUUUUUCAGAUACAUUAUUUCUCUGCUAUCCUUAGGUUAUAUGAUUUAAUUGCUAUAUUGUAUAUAUUUCCUUGCUAUAUGUAUUAUAUUGUUCAAACUCUGAGUAUAUUUUUUUACUCACCACAACUACCUUGUAACCUAUAUACGAUUAUGAUUCAUAAUUGUUUCUAUCUUAUCAUUCCUUUAACAAGCAGCCUCCAUUGCUCCUUAACCACUUCUACCCCAUUUCUUUUUUUUUCUUUUUCUUUUUUGUCUCUUUGGUUCAAUUACUGUUCCUUUUUAACGAUAUAUAAAUACAUUUAAUUUUAAUUACAUUAUAUUCAUAUAAGGACUUUACUUUGUCCUCUGGAUUUUAUGUCCAUUGGUCAUCUAGAUGUAUAAUCAAAUUCUAGAAGAGUAUGUUACAAAUAAUUUUAUCUAUAUUUGUGAAUGCCAAUACACAUAGUUUAUGGUCUUUUGAUUGAUGUGAAGAUACUUUUCAGGUGAACGAUCUUGUUUAUUUAAAAGCUGCUGCACAUGCAUAUGGACAUGCUUCCAUUUUCAAUGUUACCAUUAUUCUUACAUUUUUUCUUUGACCCAAAUCAAUGUUAAGCUCCUUAAAGCAGGCUGACUCAGACUCUUUAUAUACUGUAAUGCCUAUAUAGGUUCUCUGAAUCAGAAUCCUGCUUAAUACUUGUUCAACCAAUAUUACUAGAAAGUCAGUUCCAAUUACAUUAGUCCAGAUCAGGCAACAACAGCAACUGUGUUUUACUGAGUGACAUUUUGUAAUUUUCACCUUGCAGAUACCCUGCACUUGUGGAGUUGCCCAGCCACGCUCAAUGAUGGACAGCAGUUAUAGCGAUGGCGAGGUAAACAACCUGGGACAUUUUGUGUCGGAAAAUGGAGAGAAGGACGACAGAAUCAUGGUGCAACUGGCACUCAGCAAUGAAAGGAACUCCAAUAGAAGAAAAAGCCAGCGUGCAUAUGUUAGCAUGCGCAUUGACACUCAUGCUAUUGACAAAUAUUCAAGAUUGAUAUUUCCAGCAGCGUACAUUCUUUUUAAUCUGAUAUACUGGUCCAUUUUCUCUUAGAAAAGAAACACAAUACUAAAAGCAAGCUUGCCAAUAGACAAUUCCCUGAGACAUUGAGUGGACUGAUUUUUGAAUAGUUCACAAGAUGUGCCAGAUGAUACAUAAAUAUUGUUUUCUAUGAAAUUUCCGAGAAUAAUAACCCUAAUUCACAUAACUUGCAUUUGUAAAGUAUGCUGUGUUUACAUGAUUUGCAAUUUAUUUAACUUUUCAGCAUUGUAUUAUUCUUUUUUUUUUUAUAUAAAUUAUAGUAGAAAACACCUUUUGAGCAUUAGAUACAUAGUGCUCUUUUUAUGUGAUGCUCAAAGUAAGCACUAAUGUUUAGAGAUACUUAGGAUUAUAUUGUACAUUUUGUAUUUACCACUUCUGUAACAGAUAAGUCCAAUACUUUUGACCAAGUUCAUAAUUACGAGAUACGGUCUAUGCCAGUGAUGGCGAACCUAUGGCACGCGUGCCACAGGUGGCACGCCGAGCCCACUCUGUGGGCAUGCGGCCAUAGGUUGCCGGAGGGAGGGUGCGCUCCGCCGGCGCAUCCAUAAGGCGGCACAAGUGGCCGCCUUAGGGAGCACCGGCCCGGCGGGUGCAAAGCCAGAGUGACCGGCAGGAGGUGAGCACAGAGCGCUCCCUCGUGCCAGGCACUCUGUGUAGCGUGGCCGAGCGCACCGCGGUACAGGAACUUUUGUUUCCUGUACCCGGGUGGCCAGAAAUUAAGUGCUCACAGAUAAAUCACUUCCUGUCCGGCCGGGUACAGGAAACUGAGCUCCGCGCUCGGCCACGCUACAAGGUAGGAGACUGAGGGAGAG